GAUCACUUCACUUCAACUUUAUUAUGUCCCCAAAAUGGGCAAAUUGGGACGCAGCAGGCACAGCCAUUUAAAACACUGCAAUACAUCAUAAAAAAUAAAUAAAUACAAUAAAAUACAUCUAUAUAAAAAAACAGUUCUGGAGGUAAAAAGUAUUAAAGAUGAUUUUGAAGGUAGAAAGUUAUUCAAGUGUUGUUUUUUUUUACAUAAUAUGUAGUUUUAUUUUCAUGUGAUCAAACAUAAAUAAUAUUAACACAUACACAUAAAUUCAGGACAAAGCAGGAAAAAAGAAAGUUAAGAAUUUUUAAGAAGAAAAUAAGUGCAUAAAUAAAUAAAUAACACCUAAAGUGUACCGUAGUGUGGCAGGUUUGUUGGUCUGUUCAGUAUCAGAAUCAUAUUCAUACAAUUUUUUCUCAUCCAUAUCUCGGGAAAGAGUAACAUCAAACAAAGUAUGACAAUAGUAACACUUGUUGAUUUGCCUCUGGUAGUAAAAUAAACAAACAAGGAAGAAAAAAGCAAGAGAAAAACAAUAAAAAAUUAAAAAUAUUAAUAUAUAUAUUUAUUAUAUAUGCAAGUAAGUAAAGAAAAUAAGAAAGAAAAUGUUUAUGAAUAUAUAAAUACAAUUAAAAAAUUUGUAUUAUACAUAAAUAAUCAUGUUCAGUUAAACUAAAGUUCAUACUAUUGACUGUUUAUAGAAUAGACACCGUCUGCCUCCUCUCUGGGUGAAGCCACCCCGCCUCCUUAUGGAGCUGUGGACAAACUUUCUAAAUGAAUGACACAGAAUAUAAAUGUUUCUCCUCCCUAGUUGUGAUGUUGACAUGUAGUUACUGUCAGACUGGUUUGUGGUCCGGAUAAGUGAAAGAAAACGACGACGACCUCCUUAAAUGUGUAAAGACACGUCAGGCACGUUAAAUUUAUGCUGUAGUAGGUGUGUGAAUGAUCAACUAUCAAUAUUACUGGCAGAAAUAGAGGACCCCAAAAUCAAAUUUUGCUUGAGGUUUGGGCCGGCUCUGGUCCUUAACUUCAGAUACGACCUGAUCUGUUUCCCAAACAUCUGCCUUUAGCCUGCUUACCUUCAGUUGGUCAGAACAUCGAGGUUUAAGCGACUUAUGACCUGGAACAUCGUAGGAUAACAUGAUUACAACAUAUGAGUCACCUUCCUGUGCACAUGAGCAUGUCAUAGGUUAUGAUUGAUUGGCAUUUAUGAGCAUCAGCACAUGCAUACGACCAAAUCUUGGCUUUCCACUGAGGACCGUCUGAAGCUGCUGGACCCGGAAAACAACCUGGUUACUUGCAAAAAAAGAUGAACUUCAGCUCCAAAGACCAACAGUUGAGAUCCAGAGUCAAACUUUUUUCUUUACAGCAUCUUUAUUUUGAAAGCCCAAGCCGGAAAUAUGACACCCUAACCUCUCGUCUCUUGACAAUCGGUCUACGGGAUUAUUCGUGAACUCAAGUGCCCCCCAGCCCGCCGAUGAGAGCUGCAAUUGUUUUUACAGCUGACACACUUCCUAUUUCCAUCAGGUCAGUGACUUACAACUCCUUUGUCGACAUUUACGAUCCACUAAAGACGAAACUGCACAACAAACACAACAACAACAGCACCUGUACGACACUAAACAACCACAACACCAACAAAGACGACCUGAAGCUUACACAACACGCUCCCAUCUCUCUGUUUACGUUUUUUCUUCUUCUCUGCUCCGAACUAAAGUGGUUUAAUCCGGCUGCUCGGCGGGGACUCAGUCCUCCUGUAGUGUUUUUGUUGUUGUUGUUGUUCAAAGCUGUAAAACUUUAUUAGAAAUAAAGUUCCUGAAAGAGAGAGAGAGAUUUCUGCUUCUCUUCUCCAAACCCUCACAUCUCCAAAUCAUGGAGGGGAGGGAGAAAGAGACAUGAGGAGGAGAGGGAGGAGGAGGUGGAGGUGGUGGUGGUGGUGGUGAAGGAGGCAAGAAGGGAGGGAGGGAGGGAAGGAGGGGAGGGGGGGUAUUCAACAGUCCUACAACCAUAUUUCUGUCCCGUUUAUCCGCCAUACAGGCCAGCUCGGUACUCCUGGAAACUAACUUCCUGCAUGUGCUCUUAGGCUGCGCCGGAUUAUUUCUGCUCCUGCUGCUGCUGCGGAGAUUCUCGGUGUCCACGCUGGAGCCGCUCCUCUCCGUGGAUGGUGCGUGAUAUUAUCAUUUGGAGAGGCCGAGGCCGACAUUUUACCCCGGUCCGGAGGAGCCUUAACUCCGAGGGGACAUCCGAGGACACGCGCUAAGGUACAGCCUCUCUCACCGCCGCAUAUGCGCCAAUAAAUGCGCUUUUAAGGCGAAGUUACGCGCCGAGAAGUUCCUGACUAUUCUAUAAAACACAAAGAGAAAAUAAAAAUCAGCUUUAAACGGGCUUCAGUGACAAAAAUGGCCACUUUCUCACGGAUUUACAUACAGUAGCAUGCACGGCUCACAACUGUAACUGGACUAUUCAGAAUCCAAGAAAAUGCGCUCGAUUCAAAGACGCAUUAUUCUUUACAUAUUUAUAUUUACAGACCCAAUAAUCAACAUUUUUUACACUUAUAUAAUAAUUCUGCACCCCUCUUUAAUAUUCCUGCUUAUUUUUAUGUUGGUAAAACAGCAGCAUGAGUUUUUUCCCUUUAAUUUUUUACACUAAAAAUGCAAAAAAGCCAAAUUUUGGUGCGAAUUGAACUCGUCUGGGCCUGUAGCUCCUCUAUCCAGCAGCAGCCAAACUUGCUCAGUGAUUUACUCUCGGUGCAACUUUAAUAUUUAGUCAAAGUACCAGGCAGUAUGGAGAGGGAGAGAGAGCAGACUUUAUUCCUGCAGAUGGCCCGUGGACCUGUUAAACGUGAGGCUGAUCCACAUGCUCAGAAAUCGGCCGUAUUAGGUAUCAAUAUUGGACAUCCGGUGGCACUGCCAGCUGCGCCCCAUUUUUAUUGUUGUCUUGCGCUGAAAGGAUCCCUGUUGUCUCGGCUGGAUACUCUCCGCGACGCGUGGUGGCUGCUUUUGGUAGGAACAUUUCUGCUUUAAUGUUAGAAAAAUAAAACUGCAGAUUUUGGAUGAGCGGCGUGGAACACGGAGAGAGGGGCUGUGGAUGUGGGAGUGCGGCUCCGCGGCUCGCCGUGCCAUGCGGGACACGCUGCUGGCUGCCACCAUGGCACCUUCUCUUCUUCCCUGUUCUGGCUCUGUGUAUGUGUGUGAGUGUGUGUGAGUGUGUGUGUGCUGCUGUUGUUCUCUCCAGCUGUGCGGACACACUGCACCGUUAUGCAUCCCCCGGUUGUGUUGCUCUGAUCGGUUCGUUUGCAGAUUUUUCGGGGGUUUAGGAGCAGGACGCGCUCCCAGGAUGGAGCCGGGCGAUGGGCGGCGGACGGGGCCACUUUGGCUCUCCAUCGUUCCGGGAAACCGAGCUCCAAGGACACGGGGAGGAGAGGCAGGGGGCGCAUCCAGGUCGUUAAGGAUGUUUUCUCAUGUUUUCACCUUCGAGCCGCUUUUCUGCUUAUUUCACGGGAUCGGACCGGGAUAUUUCACCGGCGAAACGGCGCUGAGUCCCCCGCCCCCCCAGAUUUUUGGAGCUCUAAUUUGGCAAAUUGGCCUCCUAGACAGAGAGACAGGCAGACCGCCUCUCCUCCCCUCUCCCCCCGUCUCAUCCGCGCUGUUUUCGGCCACUCUCUCCGCCAUCACCCCCUCUUUGCGGACUCUCUCUUAUUUACUUUUUCACAACCACGUUUUUCUCUCCGUGCGUAACCUCCAUCCAUCCGUCCGUAACCGUGCCGUCCUCCUCUCGUACCGGGGUUUCUGAGGCGGCCUCCAGCUGCUCAGGGUUCAUUGUCUGCUCGGACGGCUCGUGCUCAGACUGGGCUCGUGGUCAGGUGUCACUUUGACUUUCGUCCACAUACGCUUGGCACGUGUUUAGAUGGGAAGAAUUGUGCGUUUUAAUCUGAUAUGAUCGUUCAAUAAUAGGCUUUUAUUUUGAAAGUAACUAUUUAAAACAAGUUUUCAGUGAGAUUUUCGACCAUAUGGCGACAAAAAAAACAACUCAAAGUCCUGAGAUGUUGAGUGAAUCAAAACUUAACUAAAACAAGCUCAAACAACCAACUUCUGAACACAUUUGACUCCUUAUGAGGGAAAAAAGAGUCUCAACAGUCAAAAUUUGAGCCUCAUAUAAUUAAAACCAACAACUGUUUGUUGGAAAAAUGACAUUUUUUUGACUUUUGUUCAGGUGUUUGUUGUCUAACAUGAUGAUAAAAUCAAAUUCAGAUUAAAAACAGCACUUUUUAACACCUCAUUUAAGACAAAAGCAGAAUGUGUUUAUCAUUCCUCACGAUCUUGAGACUACACAAUUACUGGAUCUAUUGAAAAUGUGAAGAAUGGUUCAGAAUGAUCAAAAAUCAGAGGAGAUAACCCAGAGCAAACCGAUUAAAUCAGUCAAAUCUGUUGGUUUUUUUCUGCUGUGUCAUCCGGCCGGAGCGACUGAAGACAGUCUGUAAACUUUACUAACUGUUCACGGUUCAGUCUGUGUUACAUGAGCUGAUCGGAGACACAAAUCUCCCUUUCCUGAACACGACACGAACCUUCUAUCAAAUCCUUAUAAAACAGAAUAAAUCGGUUUCAUAACAUAAAUCUGUUUUUCUGACGUCCGUGUAGCUGGGGGGCUGGAAACUGAGUGUCUGUAACUUCUUUAAUUUUCAUCCUUUUCUCUGAGAUAUUUACAGAUUCAUAAAUUAUUCCCUCAAUCAAAAUGAAUCCCUGAUAAAAUCUGUUAAGAACAGAACAAAUCAGUUUCAUAAAAUAAAUCUUCUGGUGCUAUUGCAGCUGCGGGGGCUGGGUGCUGAGCUGCCAUAAGCCUCUUUUUACUACAUCUUCCAGUUUUCAGAGUAGGAUCAUUCCCUCAGAUCCCCAAAUAAGCUUUCAUUAAAUUUAUUAAAAAGACAGAAAAAAAGCAGAAUGUCAUGAAUCUGAGCUGGGGGGCUGGGAGCUGAGCAGCAGCUACGUUUGUAAGAGUGCACGUCUCUAAACAUGCAGAAUUUCAGUGGCUUCAACGUAACCUUUCAAGGUUCGCUCGGCGUUACAUGAGCAGAAGUCUCUCCCCUCAGAUACAAAUGAACGGAUCAUUCAGAGCAAGAGGGGCACCGCAGCUCCCAACAGUGAAGCCAAAUCUUUUAGAGCUCCCCCUGGUGACUGGCUGCAGUACAGGUCAUAAAGCCCAGAAGAACAGACGGGUCAGGAGAGAAAAUCGGAAAUAUAAAAUCAGAAAAUAGAUCUGAUAGGAGAUCAAAUCACCUCAAAAUUUCACUGUAAUGUUAUUGUUGUGAUUUUUAUGGAAGACUAGGGGGCGCUGUGAGGAGUUUUUAACUGGGUGAGGAAAACGCUGAACUGGUAGAGUUGCCUCUUUAUGACCUUCAAAAUAAAAUGAAACCAUCACCAACAAAAGUGAAAUUUCUUAUUUGUGAAUAUUUGAAGCCUGAAACUGUGUGAUGGAGGGCCGGUGUCAGGAGCUGAAGAAAACAGACUCUUUUUUCACCGUUUACAUCAAAAAUCGUUACAGUGAGAAGGAAAAAACAACAGGAUGAGUUUUUAUGUCUGAGCAGACUACUUUCACUUUUACAAGACAAGAAAUAAGAGGUAUAACUUUGUCCAUUAGGGGGCGCCAAAACCAAGACAAACCAAAAGUUCCUCUUGGUAGCUUUAACAACAAAAAAAAAAAACAGUCAAAACUACAAAGUUAAAUUUUUGAGGAAGUCCAAAAACACCCUCAAACUAACGUGAACUGAACCACCUGAGUUCUCCUCGAUGUUAAAUCAGUUGGAUAGUUAAUCGGCCGGUUUGCUUCUGUUGUUGUUUUAGGGCCAAAAUUCAGCAAAAGUUGAUAUUUCAGCUCUUAGUGAGGCUGCGUUUGGUUUUGUCUUUAAAAAAUGGGAGAAGAAGUAAGAGGUAAACUUCCGAAACCGCUGUGUUUCGGUUCUUCUUUACACAGUCAGGAACGAGGCCGGGAGCUGAGCUGAUUUUAGGUACAAUUCAAUUUUUCAUUAUUUUCUCUGAGACAUUAACAUACGGAUGAAUAAUUCCCUCAGGUCUCCUGUUAUUGAAAUUUUAAACUUUAUUUAAUAGACUGAAAAAAACAAAGAAUAAUGUAGUUUUAUGACAUAAAUCUGUAAUUAUCUUGUUUUUAGGUACUUUUUCCUUUUUUAGUCGUUUCUUUUUGUGGUUACAAAGAUGGACUCUUCAAUUAUCGUGUAAAUUAAGAUUAUUCCCUGAAGUCUCAUUCUCCUUAAAACAUAAAGAGCCUUUUAUUAAAAUCUGUAAAAACAACAUAUCCUAAAGUUUAAUUGAUGAAUGAAUAUCAUACAUCUGUCUAGGGCUGGGCGAUAAACUGAAAAUUUACUGAUACAGAAAUUUAUGACGAUAACAAACGUCAUUUUGCUCAUAUCGGUAUAUUCGGUGUCCAAAAAUAAAAAAAAUCAAAGUUGUUUUUGGAUGUGUGUAGGUAGGCUAUAGUCUCAUGUCCCUUUAAGACGCUGUCCUACGUCAGAGACGUGACUCCGCCCCAUCCAGUCUGUAACAAAGAGGGACAGACAGGUGAGGAGAUGGAGGACGGAGAGAAAGUUGGAGCGGCUGAAGUAGACGAAGUUAAUGUGGGAGGGGGUGAGCAGCUGGUGGAGUAGUUAUCGUCCAUUUAUCGUUAUCGAGGUGAACUGAUCAAUAUAUCAUGAUAUUGAUUUGAGGCCUUAUCGCCCAGCCCUACAUCUGUAGCUGGGGGGCUGAUAGCUGAGCUGCAGCUAAAUUUAGAUGCGCCUCUGUCUCUUGUGUCUUUUUAAUCGCUGAAAUACUUGACGUGUUUAAAUAAAGACAAUGACGUGGAGCUGAAAGUCGUCAGAGGGAGUAAAUCCUAAACUUUGAUUCAUCAGGAGUGUGUGGUCCAGUCCGAUCGAUCAGAUCAACCUCUUCAGUCAAUGAUAAUCUGAUACUGUGAUAUGAACUCAGUGUUUUGGUAGAGGAGGAUGGUUUCUUGUGAUUACACCGCCCUGUCUUACAUAACAAGCUGUUGCAAGCAUAUGGAGUCAUUUUCAUUAGCAUAUCCUGCGCCCACUCAGUGCAUUAAUAAUACAUUGAUAAAAAAAGUCAGUUGUAGCUCAUGCAUGUUGCAGAAAAAAACACCAGGAUGUAUGCGAGUUGGACGUCCUCCGUGGAUUUGUCUCUGUAACCGGUUUAAGUCACUUCUAACACGCACAAACUGCUCCACAUGAACCAUAAUCCCGCCGCGCUGUGAAUGUAAACACGCGUGUUUGCGUUGUCAGUAUGUAUUGGGUGUAGUUUUCACAUAAGCCGGCGUUGUGUUGGCAUCCCGCUCCGCUCUCUUAGUCUUGUUUACAAAAGACUGAAUGGAUGGUUGGCUGGAUGUAAAGCCUGUGGUUAUUGCUGGAUAUUGACCUGCCGUGGUUUGAGAUGAAGCAAUUUCCUUCCUGUUUCCUCUCUCGCCUCACCCUGAACCCUGCCUGACAGGAGGUGGGCAUUUAUGAGCGCGGGGACCUUUGGACCGAGCCUAUAUUGAACCAACACACAAUAAAUGAUUGCAGGGUUGUUAUUGUGGGCAGGCACGGCCGGUUUCUUUAUCAACCGGAGUACAAACAAAUAGGAAUAAGAAUCCAUUUGGUGCAUCCUUCUUUUAUAGCGGAGUGUAAAUUUACCUUGUAAAUACCUCAAAGAGCGGCGCAGGUAGACGGAUCGAGUAAAUCAAACAGGAGAGAGUAUGUUUUACAGAUGAUGAAGUUUACCUCGCUCCUCUCUCAUGUUUAAGAAUCUGUGCAGGAGAGAGAGAGAGAGAGAGAGAGAGUCACGGCCAUCAUCACCCUGUUGCACAGAGUAAACAGCUGAUAGCAAACAUGCAUAGUUUGAACCUUUCUGUAAACUUUCAGCCGUGGUAUCUCGGCGCCCCUGCUGUUGGCACAUCUGCUGUAACCUUAAAGAUAAAGAUGUGUUUCCUUUGUCCGCCGGUGGGAUUGUUAUCCGUCCCACCGGUUUGUUAUCUACUUCCAAAACGCUGUGUGUGUCCGAUAAGUGUUUAUGUGUGCAGCAUGUUGGUAGCUGGCUCACUCCCUGUGCCAAAUACCAGUUUUCCAUGUGGCGUGCCAAGGCAGUGUCAUAACCGCCCAGCCAAUCCUCAUUUCCUCAUUCUUGUGUACCUGAGGUCAGUGCGCACACAGAGGGUAUUAUGGUAUUGUUCCCCCGUCGCUGAGCCCGGGUCAGUUCGAGCUGCUCUUUUUUUUUCCUCCUGGUUUGUCGGCAGGUACCGAACAGUAGGUCUGCAUUGUUCCCGCAGUGUGUGUGUGUGUGUGUGUGUGAGUGUUUUGGUGUUGCUCGGUGUUUCAUCAUGUCCCCGUCUGAAAGAAGCUCGGUUGGUCUGAUCAGGCGGUUCGCUCUGUGGCCUCCUCCUCUAAUGGAGUUUUGGUUGCACAAACAUUAACCGAUGCAGAGCAGAAAACUAGCUCUCAUUGGCCGAGUUUAUCCGUAAUGGGUGGAGCUGAAGGAGCAGUUGUUUGGAGGGCAAAUUAGGUUAAAGGAUUUGUACAAUAAUAUCCCGUAUUUGUCUCUUAGUCGAUUAAUACUUUAAAUAUGGCAGAGCCAAACAGGAAGUGAGUGCCAAGAGCUGGAUGUGUACUCUUCCUCUGUGCCUGUUCUUUCAUUACCACGAGUACACACACUGGAGUUUAUUCUGACUCACUCCCAAACGCACUGUACCGCUGCACUAAACACUCACUGGAGCACGUGGCUCCGUUUUUUAGAAAGACGAUGAAGGCCUAAAUCUGAACAGAGACCCAAAUCUGCCUUCGCACGGAUUCAUGCAGACGCUCGUUUGGUACGGAGCCGCCUGGAGAGCAAGGCGGUGAAAAUUAGGUCAGGGAUUGACGCUGAUGUUUCUGAGCGCUGGCGUGUUUUCGGUGGCCCAAAUGUAAAAAUCAGGAAAUAGGAAACAACAGAAGUGAAUCCAGCUUUCUGUGAUGAUGAAUCAGCGUUUCAAAAUGAAAUAAAGCGAACACGACAGGACUGUUCGAUUAUGGCAGGUAUUAAAAAACGACGACCCACGAUUUGACUUUUAAAACACGUGUAUUUGAGCAGCUUAAAGGUGGAGUCGGCAGGAAUCCUUUAAAGAAGCGUUUUUUAUUUUGUGGUGUAUUUACAAAAAAUCUUUGAAUAUCAGUCAAUAGUUAUUAGUUAUUGAUGACAUUUGGUAAUAUAACGAUAUCUCUGUGUUCUCUUAUGUCUGUGUAGUCAACAUUUAAAUUUUCAGAGUGGCCCGCUCUUUCUGACCGUAAACUAGCGGAUGAUAUUUUUCGGGAAUUCCCGUGGAUCACGUGUUUCCCGCGGGAAUCCCACGGGACGGGAGUCAUUUUUUAAUUUAUCCCAUGAUCGGGAGCGGGAACAACAUUGAUAGAUGAUCAUUUUCAGCCGUGUUAAACAACCAGACGAACAGAUGCGUCCAUCUUUGUAGUCAUCUCUCAGUGAGAGCCAACACUCUUGACCGCGCUAGCAACACAAAAGAACUACAACAGUGGUUUGACUUCCUGUCACCACCAGGAGUGACAAGCGACUUGGAGCGACUGCCGCUCCGACUCGGCUGAAACUUUUACCUAAAAUAAAAAAACGUAACGUUUUUUCAACACGUUUGGUUUUAUUCAAACGGGAGCGGGACAGGAGUGGGAAUAAUUUUUUACUCCGGUCCGGGAUUGGGACGGGACGGGAUUUUUUUCUCUGGGAGUGGGACGGGACAGGAGUGAAAAUCCGCUCCCGUGUCAUGCUCUAGUAUAAACAAAGCCAUUCUCCACCUCCUCUAACCUGAUUGGUUGUGAGGCAGACGCUGCUCCCCCGUGUCGUUCAGGAGCCCAAACAAAGUUUGUAGGAACCAACCAGAAAGUUCGGAAAAUUGUCUGAAUCCUCCUUUGGCCACGACUGCCGACACAAGCAAGAAAACAAAGUAAAUACCGGAGACUCUGGAGGAAUAACAGGCGCUUAAAACGGAGGUAGACCGGACAAGAGCUAAAAAGCCGGGUCAACAUAAACGAUGGGGGACGCUUGGGGAUCUUGGUGACCCUGUAACCUUUCUGCUGGACAGGUAAACCGCUUUAACAAAGUAAGACAAGUGUCUGUAACAGAAGUGUUUCUUGUCAAACGUAAAUUUUUGGUAUCGGUUAAUUUUCCGUUUAUCGCCCAGCCCUAACGUCGGCCAUCUUUAAUACAGCCUGUGAUUCAAACGUGUUUCUUUUGUGGGUUUUUAUUCUUCCCUCAUGUGAACUCAGGUGAAAACAAUGAGCUGCAAAACCGUCUUCUUUCUCUCUUUGUUUUUCUCUUUUUCUUGAACAGAAUUAACACUAAUUGUCUUUUUAUAUCCAUAUUUCAGGGAUCAGUUUUCUUACAGUAAAACGCUGCAGAAAUAAAACACAGAUGUUCCAGAGAUUUGUUUUAGUUUAGUGUAAGUGUGAUCCAAAUACACACAUCAGCUGUAUAAGAAUAAUUUGCUUUCACUGACACUGCGGUCUCUGCCAGCGUCACACUGUUGUAGCUCGUUAUCACCUGACACCAUCGCCAUUUUCACGUGCACUCCUGGAGAUUCAGAGAAAAUAUUCACAAGCUCUGGUCCACAAAUUUUCAAAUCUGCUUUUUUUUACACCUUCCCUUAUGUUGCUGCGAAAACCAGAAAUAAUAUUUACAACAAAAUUCAAAAGAGGCAGUUUUUGUGUUUAAAUUGAUUAAAAAUCUGCAGACGGCCUCUUUCCCAUCUAUCCUCAGAUAUCUCAUGUUGCUCCUCUGGGUUUGAAGUGGCUGAAUGAUAAAAAUCUGAAGUCUAUCCGCUGUGUUUUCUGUUGUUUUUAUGAAGCCUUGCCCUCCAUAAAAAGGUGAUUUUCUCCACAUAAAUGUUUGAUUUCCGUCUGUUUUUAUCUGCCUCUGUCCUUCCAAAUAUCCCUCUGAUCUCAGCUCAGUCUUUAUUUCUUUAAUUAUGGACGAAUCAACAGCACAUUUCUCCUUUAAUACACCUCCUGACCGCGGUCCUGGCUGUUAAUUACCCACAUAUUCAUGAACGCCGCUCAUCCCCCCACAGUUCAAAUCCAGCCGUUAUCUACCGAAUCAAAGACCGUUCCUUCACUUCUUUAAAUGCUGAUCGUUGCCGUUCUCAGGAAAUGAUUUGUCCUACAUUUCUGGCAGCUGAAGCAGCAUGUUUUUCAUGUUGAAUAAAUAGAUUUAUUUAUAGCAAAAAAAAAAAAGAAACUAGCCAGUAAAUAUAGAGAGAUAUUCUCCUCUGAUCUGGGUGAUGUUUAACUUCACAGACACUGAAUAAAAGGAAGAAGACAAUGCAGUAAACAAGCUGAAAAACCAAAUCAGGAUAUCUGAGAGGACGUCAUCAGAGAAGGUGAUCAGAGGAUCAUAGCGACACAUUUAGAUUCUCCUUUUUACAGGCUGCUGCUGCUGUCAUCAUCUCUCCUGUGCAAAACUAAAAACACCAACGAACUUAAACCUUAAUGAGGAGUCUGAGAACUGAGACUCCUGCAGACCAGAAUAAUAAUGAUAUCAUACAGGGCCAACUAUAGGACAGCCUUCAUGAUGAGAGGACUGAAAUACAAUAAUAAAAAAAAAAACACAUUAAAGUAAAAUUUAAAUAAAGGAAGUUUGUUGUUCUUAAAACCUUUAAAAUCAAGUUGUUUUUAAUUAAUUCUCCUACUUUAGUGUUUCAUCCAGAUCAAAUCAGCGAGUUUGAAUCAGGAACUUUUUAUCGCUGAAUUUGGAAAUAAUAACAUAAGGUUAAAAAAUAAAUAAAAAACAACAGUAGUUUCCUGUUGAUAUCAUUAUUUGAUAUAAUUUUUAGGGCCAGAACUUUAAUGCAUUAAUUGUGAUUAAUUAAUUACAGUAAUAUUAUCUCGUUAAAAUUAUUAACGCAUAUUAAUCACACCGACUGUAUUUUAGCACCACGGAAUGUUUCAGGUAUACCGCUUAUACCGGCAGGUUUGAAUCAGCGAGCUUUCAGAGCACUUUCUACGCCGCUAGCGGGCACGAAAAUGUCACUGCGCCAGCUGAUUCUGUCCCCAUCCCCCUGCCGCCCCAGCACGCCCAGCUUGGCCGACCUAAUACCAUGGAGGAUGAAAAUGUACGCGGUCCGCCACCCUCCGCCGCGCCACUGGCGGGCAUGAAAAUAGAGCCCAUUAUAUCAGCACAUAUCGUACCUUCUCUUCCUGUAUCCUUCUGUGUCUUAUUGGAACAUAUCAUUCGGUGUCUUAUUGUACCGUAGUGAACGUAAUCCACGUAAUCCACGUGUCGGGGUGGAUCUGCAGAGUCCUUCUCUACUCUCAAAGACUGCUGCAGACCCGGCUCUUUGGAGAACAUGAGGCAUUUAUCUGGAUUUCUCUCCACUCUUGUUCUUGUUAGUAGAACGAGUCUACAGCUACAGUUGACUCACACUGUCCGGCUCUACGAGUGACAAAGUCAUUGUUGUGAUGGAGACAGUUUUAAAGAUGGUGAUGAUGGAAGGUCUCCAGUUGAUGAUUGGUUGCUUCAUUAUAACCUUUAUUUACUCUGUCUUUAUCACUGCGGGACCUUAUUUCCUCUUAUCCAGUCACAUCUUAAUGUAUAGUACUCUAUUAUAUCACAUCCCUCUGUACUAUACUGUAUUAUGCCAUCAUUCCCAGCCCUGUAUAAAUAAAUGUAAAUUCAGUGGAGACCACCUCAGCGACCUCAGACGAUCUCCUUCAGUGUUUCAAAAGUAACCUGGUCUGUUUUUUUGUGAAUCUAACCUUCCUCGCCUCGUUUCCUCCUCCAUCCUCUCUCUCUCUCUCUCUCUCGCUCGCUCGCUCUCUCUCUGCAGGCUGGGAGGCUGAGAGCUGCAGGCCUGCGUCAUGUGAAUAGAGCUCCACCCCUUCACCCUCUUAGCUCUCAACCGUAGGUAAAUUAAAUUUCCUUUUUCCUCUCCUGUUUCCUUCUUUCUUCCUUCUCUUCCAUCAUCAUCAUCAUCAUCUUCAUCAUCAUCUCAGUUGGUUGUGUGUUUUCUAUGCAGAACUCUCUUGAGCAGAUCUUGUGACCGUGACCUGACACCCUCCUGCCUCGGGCAUGCCUCAGGUACAGUAGGAGCGCCGCUGAAACCUUCAGUUUUUUUUUCAUCCAUCACCUCUGAGUGAUGCUCCUCAGUGUCCCUCUCUCACACUGUAUCUGUGUGUGUGUGUGUGUGUGUGUGUGUGUGUGUGUGUGUGUGUGUGUGUGUGUGUGUGUUUCAGCCGGGUAUGAACGGGAUGGAGCCUGCGUUUGGCGAGGCCUAUGGGGGACACAGGGGUCUGCUAAGCCCCUACCCUCUGGCCAUGUCACCACAAGGGGGCAGGACAGAGUACGACCAGGUGAGGAAACACGUAACAAACAUCGCAAAGAGACUCCCAGGGGUGCUGGGUCCCCUCGUAGGACACCCUCGGGGCCUCGCACGUAUCGAUGCACCGUGACUUUUGACCCUCUUGCUCAUAAGUUUAUUGCAGUUUUGGAAAUUUGAAUAUUAUUGUUAGUAAAAUUUUAGAGGGUUGUGGGUCAGAGGAGAAAUAAAGCACCCGGAUUGCACAAUACUGCAAAAUGCAAGAGGAAGUGGUGAGACAUCCUGGUUGAAAGUGCUGAGAUUACCGUCGAAUGUGGUGGUUAGAGCUGCUUCUCUUCAAGUAUUGUGUCUGCGUGUUUUAAAAUAGAGACCAGUACAGGGGUCCCUGAAAGGUUUUAGAAGAGGAUGUUUGAUCCAGAAUAGGACCGAAAAUAAAAUCCAGAUUUUUUUUUUUUUUUUUUUUAGUGACGACUUCAUCAAACUUCACUUAAAUAAAAAGUUUCUUCAUCAUAUCUCAAAAUAAAACCACUGAAAAUGAUGUAGUUCAUAUGCCAAGCCCAUAGGUGGCGCUGUAACGUUGCCGAGGAAAUGCACCAAAGACAGAAGAAGAGUACAGAGCAUGUGUGUAAAGGUUGUUUUGGCGCCAUAAAAGAGUUCCUCUGUGUGUCACAUGAUCGUUUCCAGAGAUGCAGAUAGACAUCCACACGGAGAUGAAAUGGUCGUCGUUUACAGAUUUAUUCACUCUCUGACCCGUUUUCAAAAAGUACCGUUUACAGUCACCUGAAACGCCGAUACGACAAAAAACUUUAGCGUUUCCUCCUGAAUUAGUUUCCGUGGUGACGGGUUGAUACCGCCUUCAGACAGACUUUACAGCAGGGAGAAAUUAUCACCUUUUUUUGUAAACGCCAUGUUUGUUUACACUGGUGUGCGGGAACUGGGGAGCGCUCCUGCAGGAAGGGGGAGGAGCCUACGGUGGCCUGGAGGUGUGAGACGUGAUAGAGAGGAAAACCGAAUUUGAUUUUUUUAAUAUCAUCAGAAUCAAAUAAUCUGAUUACGAUUGUAGGAGCCAAAUCGAUACUUAAGAUACUGAGAUGCUUGACCUGGAAUAACCUGGUUGACGCGCCGCGCUGCUGCUGAGUUUACUGUGAGUUGUGAUGAUCAGUAAAAGUCCGGACGCUGAACAUAACCAAACUCAUUUUGCAUUAGAUAUCAAACACUGAACAAACAAGAAAAACGCCGGCAGUUAGCGCCACGAUGGUCAAAAACAAACACCUGCCCACAACAGCGACUUGGCUACCUUCAUCCCUGAGACUCAGAUUACAAGACAGCGACACCCAAGGCACAGAAAGUGAACUGCAACUCAUAAUCUGUUAUCACAUCAACAUAUUUGGCUCCUACGAUGAUUUAAAAUCGGUUAAUCGUUCAGCCCUACUCCAGACCUUCAACCUCAGGUCACUUCAGUCUCUCAGAGCAGGAGGAUGAGAUUUCUCUCUCCUUGUUUAAGUAGCGAUGAUCCCGACGGUCCACCAUGAGCAGGAUCUCUCAGAUCUGAGAAACAUGCGACUGUAACGGAGGAUUGUGGCGCUGUGAUGAUGACCACGUGAGCUGAGCUGUUGUGGUCGUUUGUCUUUCUCGAUGUUUUCCUGCAGAGAGGUUUCAGCUCUUUGAGGAGAAAGUUAGUUUUUCAGUAAAGUGAGGUUGUAUGAAGUUCUCAUCAAUAGCAGUCGUGUUCACCACGGGGGAUCCUGAUCAGCUCAGCCUCGUUGUUGAGAAACCGUCCGACAAACUGGAGCGGAGGUUACGUGGACGAGGUCAGCUCUACGCCGUGGUUUAACUGGUUUUAACUGGUUUAAGUGGACGCUCUGUUUGGGGUUUCUCAGCGCUCUCAGAAAGCUCGUUUGUUUUUGCUCAUUUCUUCGAUAAACACACGUUCGUCCACCUGCAGGAACGCCACCGAUCAGACAUCUACAUCACACAGAUCUGAGAGCGAACGCAGGUUUCAGGAGUGAUGAUGAUCAACCAAACAGUGUGUAUUUCUGUCCCUUUUCAGAGUGUGCUCCUCAUGCUGGGCUCCCCUGCAUCGCCACGGAAACGGCCCUUUGAGUUGCUAAGCGACCUGGUGGAUGACGGCGGCUUCGGCGAGGACCUGCACCCGGAGCGCUGGGAUGUGUCCGCGCUGGACGAGAUGGCUCGCUACACCAAGCUGGGCCUCGGAGUGGGAGGGGAGCUGCUGGCGUGCUCCGAGGAGGCCGUCCUGAUUGGCCGCUGGGGGAGGAGUGCAGAGGAGCAACAGCUGCAAGAGGAGGAGGAGAAGAGGAGGAGGGACAGACACACAGCUCCUGUCAUCCAGGAAGUCCAGGCUGCGAGGAGGGAGGAGGGGUGUGUCUCUGUUUCCACGACAACAGAGAGGGGGUUCUGUGUCACAGGAAGAGGAGGACAGGAUGGGGGGCUGGUGAAGGAGCGUACGGUGGAGGUGUAUCAGGUGGAGCAGCAGGAGGAGGAAGAGGAGGAGGAGGUGACUGUGGCGUCAGCAAGUUUGUCUGUGGAGCACUGCAGCAAGGAGCACAACUAUUCUCUCAGCAAGGGAGAGGAGCACGGAGGAGCGGCGGGACACGCCUCCAAGACAGAGGAGGAGCAGGCGGAGGAGGCGGAGCAGGAGGUGCAGGGAAGAGAGGAGAGCAAGGCUAAGACUGAGCUAGACCUGGAGGAUGAGGAGGAGCAGGAGGAAGACGAGGAGGAGGAGGAAGGAGAGGAGGAGGAGGAGGAAGAGGAAGGAGAGGACGGAGCAGAGGAGACGACGGUGGAAGCUGAGCUCUCCAGCUCCUCCGAGACCGAAUGUGGUGAGUCCUGCUUUCAGUUCGUCUGAGUGUGUGUGUGUGUGUGUGUGUGUGUGUGUGUGUGUGUGUGUGUGUGUGUGUGUGUGUGUAGAGGGGACAUGUCUUCAGCCUGCUGCUCACACAGGAACCACCAGAGUCUGUCUCAGGUCCAGACCUCAGCAGAGGUGCAGAGAGAGUCUCACCCUGACAGGAGGUCCAGGCGUCUCCGGGGGUUUGAGGAUCUUCAUGUAGUCUAGAACUGUACGACCCCGGCCCUGACCCGGUUCUGGUUCUGGUGGGGGGGGCGGGAUCGUAGCAGAACAUGUGAAAUGAUCACAAACAUGAAAACUGAUCCGAACAAAAGUUUUGGUGAAAGUUUCAGAGAAUCACAGAAGUUCAAACUGCAGACGAGGAAACGAGGAAACGAGGAAACGAGGAAACGAGGAAACGAGGAAACGAGGAAACGAGGAACAGACUGAUUCAGUUAGAGGAUCUUCAGUGUUUGUUGUCGUGUUACUGUUACUGUCAGACCACCCCUUUAAGAACUUUCUUUCUUUCUCUCUUUCUUUCUUUGUUUCGUUCUUUCUUUCUUCCUUCCCCCGUCUGUCCCUCCUCACCUCCUUUUCUUUAACUUUUCUCUCUUCUUUCUUUUAUUUCUUCGAUACUUUUUAUUUCCACACUUUUUCCCCUGAUGUCUAUAUUUCCUUUAAACUUCCUCCUCUUUUGCUCCCUUUCUCCUCCUUCCUUUUUUCUGUCUUUUUUACCGUACUACCUUUCUUUCCUCUUUCCUCUUUCCUCUGUCCUUCUACCUCAUAAACUUUUGUUUCCUUCUAAAUACCUUCUUUCCCUCCUUCCUUCUUUUCUACCUCUCUUCCAUCCUUCUGUUUUUCCUUCCUAUCUUCCUUCCUCCCCUUAUUCUUUUAUACUUCCUACCUUCCUUCUCUCCUUCCCUCCAUCUUCUCUUUCCUUCUUUCUUCAAAACUUUGUUCAUUUCUUCCUUUCAAUCCUCACCUUCUUCUGUCCUUUCUCCCUUCCUUUCCUUUGUCCUCUCCUUUUCUCCUUUGUACCCUUCUUCCUUUCUUCUGUCCUUUAUACCUUUCUUCCUCUCUACCUUCAGUGUUUCCUUCUGUCCUUAGUUCCUUCCUCUCAUCCAAUCCUUUUUUCUUCUAUUCUUUCUCUAUUCCUUCUCUCCGUCCUUCUGUUAUUUCACCCUUCAUUUCUUAUGUUACCUUCCUUCCUUCCUUCCUUCCUUCCUUCCUUCCUCCCUUCCUUCUGUUUAUCGCCAGUAUAAAUCCCGUCUGUGUGUAACAGGUGGUUUUAUAAAUUUACAGUCGACUGUUUCCAUGAUUGAUCGAUCAGCUGUUUGAUAAACUUUUUUAAAAUUAAACAACAUCCAGAAAUGAACCUUUAAAUCACAUUUUCAUCUGGACUUUAGACAUUAAUAACGUUAAUGUAGGAGAUUUAGCGUUAAUGUGCAGUGUGGUUUCUAUGGCAACGUGGGAAUAGCUUCUUCUCCUCUCACAUUACCGACACGUUUCCGUGAUAAUUACGGUUUGUUUCUCUGAGUCUUUUUCUUUGCAGCCUUGAGAGGGAAAAGUUGUAAUUGGUCAGUUUGAAUAUCACUUCACUUUUCUCGUAUUGAUUCACGCUCUUUUGAUUUCCCAUCAAACCUACAUGAUCGCUGUUGAAGUUGGCCGACUUACUGCGACUUAAAUCUCAAACACCCACUCGUGCUCCGUACUAAUAUGGAUUUAAGGAGGAUAAGCGCUCAGAAACUGAAUUUAUCAUUACUGUGUUUUGGCAGCCUGGAGGUAGUUUGACUUGUAAAAACAAAUCCCUAUAUCUGUUGGCUAAAAACAUGUUUGAACUCGGCUUCUUCUGAUGGACAAAAAUGAAAGAAAAUGAAGCUUUUUACUGCCAGAGAUACCUGGCUCCUGCUCAGGAACAGCGAACUUCUUUAAAUGUUCUUGUUUUAGUCGUCGGUCUCUGGAAACUUUGUGUGAGUAAUAGAAAAUACAGGAUCUGAAAGUGUUGACCGUUCGGAUUCCUCUGCUCUGAAAUCAUUAUUCUCAAACAGAUCUGGAGGAUUCAGCAUGACUGUGCAGGUUUUCUUCAAGUCAUGCUGAGUGGGACAGUUGUUAGCUCUGUUGUUGUCAACGGCUCAGACUGACUCAGCGUUUUAACAUUUAACUGGUUCUAAGAACAGGAAGUCAGAAGUGUGUUUACUGCGUUUAAUCGCAGCAGCAGAAGAAGAAAACAUCACGGGGGAGCAGGAGCAGCGGGAGGUUUGUAAACAGAUGAAUUAAUAUCAGGGCCAGGACUCAAACACGUUAAUUAUGAUUAAUUAAUUACAGAAAUAUUUAAUCUCUUUAAAAAUAUAAAUGCAUAUUAAUCACACCUACUGUAUUUUUGUGCUGCUGUGUAUACCGCUUAUACCGGCACACCCUAAUGUGAGUGAGUGCAGCGGUGAUCCCAGUCCCACCGAGCGCGUGGAAAAAUCAUGGAUGGAUGUGUUGUGAUUGGCUCCGGCGUGGAUGGGCUUCUUUGUUUUAAAAAACAGGUGGAUAAAAGCCUGGAUUAGAAAAUGGUGCAAACUAAAAAGAAUUGUUAUAUCACCGCAGCACGUCACGGUAUCACCUGAAUGCUAAACAUGUUGCAGCUAGCACAGAAGCUAACGUUUGUCAGACUCUGAGUUACAGCGACCCACAACCAACCCAGUAAACCAAUUAAAAUGUGAUUAAUCACAAUUAAUUAAUUACAAAGCCUCUGAUUAAUUUGAUUCAUUUUUUAAUCAAGACCCAGCCCUGAUUAAAGGGAUAUUCCGGCGUAAAAUUAAUGUAGGGUUAAUGCAUGUGGUCCUUCAUUCUCACUUCAGCCCAACUGGAGAGAGAAACGAACAAAUCACUCGAGGAACUGAUUCGGUUCAGGACGUUCACUUAAAAGAUUCAGUUCUUUUGAACGAAUCGUUCUCGGACAACACAUCACUAGUUCUGAGCAUUAUUUGUGGCUAUAGAGUGGCGUUUUGGUUGGGGGCGUGUCUCUCUGUAUUUCUAUCCUGCGGUCGUUACUAAAGUUGGUAUAACUAGAGAAGAGAGCGGUUGACAACAUUCAUCUCUGGAGGGGGGGUCUAACUCGGUGUUACGGCGUGUUUGACCCUAAAUUAAUUUUAUGUCAGAAUAUCCCUUUAAUAUCACACAGUCUUCAUUCUCAUGACCUGACCUUGGUUUGUUUGUGUGCAGACCCUCACUGAGCCUGAAAAUCUUUUCACAGAUGGAUUUUUUUUAUUCAUUCUAGGAGCUUUUUUAUGUCUCUCUUUUGAGCGUGUUUGCUUUGACAUUGAUCACCGCUGAAGCGAGGACUGAAAGUCAGGGUGUCUCAGUUUGAGCUGCAUCACGUCUUUGACCAACUCUUAAUGAAAUGGAAACAGAAAUAAAUCGCAGGCGUCUCUUUUAUUUGACUUCUGUCUGAGACGUUGCGCUGGAGUGAACCGACAGUCAAACAGCAGGACUGAGUUCAUAUCUGACCGCUUUGUUGUUGAGGUUGUUGCUUAAAUGUCAUCGGUGACCUCAUGUCCGGACCACAGCGCGUGAAAUCUCCUCAUGUAUAUUAAAGAACUCGUCUGUUAGCUGACUUCACUUCAGAUGAAUAUCUCUCCCCAGCCUCUCUCCUCCUCUGAUAAACAAAUCUCAGGUGUCACGUUUCAAGGUAAAGGCGAGGUCAGCGGCUGGUUCUCAGGGGCGGGUUCAUGUUUCAACAGACGCCGGACAUCAGUGUCGAUCUGUGGGCUGUUAGCAUGAACCCACACUGUUUGAGAAGGAAGAAGACGGAGCAGACCGAGGCGUUUUCUGCAGACUGGACCAGACGUCACGUUGUUACACAAGCCCUCCUGCAAGUGUGUGUGUGUGAGUGUGUGUGUGUGUGUGUGUGUGUCCCAGCACAGGACUUCACGACUCUUUACCUCCAGUCUGAUCUCAUCCUGCCUCUGUUUUUCUUCAUUUUGUACCCCAGUCCUGGUAAAUUUGCAGACGCGUCUCGUCCCCGCUCCUGCAGCGGCAGCUUUCCAUGUUGGAUUAUUUAUGAAACCAUUAUUCACGGCUUCGGCGCGCCUGAGGCUAAUCUUGGGUGACGUGUGUGUCUCUCAUGUAGGUGUCUGUCUUUGCAGAGGCAUACAUGCAUGCAGUUUCAGAUGAUGCCGGCUUUGUAGUCCUGGACGUACAGGUUGUGUUUGUAGAUUAAGGCUUCCAGCGCGGUUUCAUAUCAGAAAAACAUAAACAUUAAUAGCUGUCAGUUAUGAUUACAGUUCAUCUGUCGGGGUAUUAAAAUCACUUCUAUAUGGCUGUCAAUGGCGCCCGCCUACGUGACGAUAUUCAAAAGUCUGUUUUAUUUCCCGGAGUAUUGACUCUAUGUUUGGAUUUUUGCCAUUUCCUGAUGCAACAUCUGCAGCAGAUUGAAAAUGUUGAUUUUUGUCUGUUUUUAUUUUAUCAAAGUGGAUUUUUAAUGAGCAGAAACACGUUUGGAAGAAAAAACAAAUACCGGAAGAAACGAGCCAAAUACACAACUCAAGAUGUCUAUUUUGAAUAAGUAAAUCUUUAUUUAUACAGCGCCAAUUCACAACAAACUCCUCAUGAUGUUUACAAAGAGGUCAGGUGGUAGAACCAAAAGUUCGACAGUUUUCAGGACACUUUUCUGGCUUUUCCGGACUUCUAGAGUCUUGAUCUUUGAGAAAUGCGACUUUUUCUUCUCUCUUAUUGAUCAGAUGUAGGGGUGGGCGAUAUGAACUAAAACAUUUAUUACGAUAACUUUUGCUAUUCUGGCAAUAACGAUAAAACUCCCAAUAAAAAUAUUAUAAUUCCAAACUAUAUUUUUGACUCAUUUUGUCUUGAGAACACCAGUUGGAGUCGUCAAAUAAGAUACUGAACCACAAGUUUGAGUGGAAGGUGAUGGAGAAAAAAACUGUGACAAACAAGUUUCAAACAUGAAAAAACUUUUAACAUUUUUAACAGAGUGAACACUGACCGACGUUUCGCCCGUCUAAACCCCAGUCUUGAAGGAAAUCCCUCAUGUGGAGCCUCGUUCAGUAACCAGCUGCUCAAAAACGUCUUCUUCACCACCUUCACCUAGGGCUGGGCGAUGCGGCCUCAAAUCAAUAUCACGAUAUAUUGAUCAGUUCACCUCGAUAACGAUAAAUGGACGAUAACUACUCCACCAGCUGCUCACCCCCUCCCACAUUAACUUCGUCUACUUCAGCUGCUCCAACUUUCUCUCCGUCCUCCAUCUCCUCACCUGUCUUUACCUCUUUGUUACAGACUGGAUGGGGCGGAGUCACGUCUCUGAUGUAGGACAGCGUCUUAAAGGGACAUGAGACCAUAGCCUACCUACUUUGAUUUAUUGAUUUUUGUGAUACCGAAUUUACCGAUAUGGACAAAGUGACGUCGGUUAUUGUCGUAAAUUUUGGUGUCUGUAAAUUUUCGGUUUAUCGCCCAGCCCUAGUUUAUAUGUAUGAAAUUUUUAUGAUAUUUGUUUUAACAGAUUUUAAUAAGUUCUGUAUGUUUUAAGGAGAAUGAGACUCCAGAGAAUAAUCUUAAUGACAUGAUAGAUAGAUAGAUAGAUGGAUAGAUAGAUAGAUAGAUAGAUAGAUAUUUUUUUAUUUUUUGGACACUGAAUAUAUUGACACGGGCAAAAUGAUGUUGGUUAUUGUUGUAAAUUUCGGCAUCAGUAAAUUUUCAUUUAUCACCCAGCCCUACCUUCAGCCAUGUUUGUUCUGUGUGGUCUAUGGCAGCGAGUCCGUCGCUCGCGCUUGCGUCCUCCGCUUGUACUUAUCAUGAGAUGUUAAACAAUUAUCGCAGAGUAUUUUUCUGACGAUAAAUCCUGAACGAUGAUUUAUCGUCCACCCCUGUUUUUUGGAAGUCAAGUUAAUGAACUCCUUAUCGUAUGAAAACAUAGACUCACUCUUUGAUUAUUGAACCUGAGGAAUCAUUGACGAAAUAAUCCCGUAAUCUUGAAUCAGCAGCGUUUAGUUUCUCCUGAUAACAGAUGAUUUAAUUGACUUUAUCUUGAUAUAAUCCUGUAAUAAACGUGUUAAUUAGAGAAGAUGCUGCGUGCUUAUUUAGUGUCAGAGGAAAAUGUUUUAUCAGGUUUAAUUUCAUCAGAGGUGAAGAUGGUCGACUUCUUUCAUUUUUCAGCUAAUAGAAGAAGUUUGAUGAAGUAAAAUAAAUGCAGAUUACAAAGAAAUCCGUCAUUUGGUCCCAAGAUAAGAAGGAAAAAUCAAGCUGCUCUGUGAAGCAGCAGCUUUGUAGUCUGAAGAUAAGUGAGGUGUUAAUCUGUGAUCAGAAGAUAACAGGAUCAAAUAAAUAUCUGCACACAGAGCUGAGACUAAAGUUAGUCCAGAGUGGAGACGCCUGAUCCGUCUAAUCUGAGGGAGAGGUUAUGAAGUGUGUUAUCAUCACAGGUCAGUCAGAGUUUAGACAAACAGAGCGGCUCUCUCUCUCCUCUCUCUCUCCUCUCCACAUCCUUAUUUGUAUUAGAGAGCUGAGAGAGAGAGAGAGAGAGAGAGAGACAGAGAGAGAGAUAGAGAGAGAGAGAGAGAGAGAGAAGAUAAGAUCAUGCCUGAUAAGAGAACCAGAGCCGAGGAGAAGCUUUCAUUUCCACAGUGCUGACAGUAAGUACUGUCUGUGGUCGUCGUCUUCAGUCAGACUGAGCGAGCCCUGAGUCUGUGGUGGGCCCACAUCCCACACCAUCAUCUGUCUCCACCUCAUCUCCACAGUUCGCAGCAGAACUUGGAAAUUAUCAUCUGUGUGUGACAGAGUAGGAAACAAGUAAAACCAGGACAGAGAGAAUCAAGUCAUGAAUGAAGUCCACAGUUACAGAAUGAUCCGGUUUGAUCUCAGCAUCUGUUUUUUCCAGGUGUGUCAGUGUGGUUCUGAGGGUUCUGAGGGUUCUGAUGGUUCUGAGGGUUCUGAGGGUUCUGAUGGUUCUGAGGGUUCUGAAGAACCCAGCGAUGGAGAACUUUGUUUUUCAGUGAAACCUUUACUAAAGUGUUAUUUAACCAGAAACUCGACAAGUGAUUUUACACUUUAACUCGACAGUCUUUAAUUUGGUGAAGGUUGACCGGCUGCUCACUGUAGAACAAAAACUAUGGAUCUAUUAUCACUCUAUUCUAUUCUAUUCUAUUCUAUUUGUUCUGUUCUUUUCUAUUUAGUUAAUUCUGUUUUAUUAUGUUGCCUCUUAUUAAAUAAUGUUUAUUUUAGUCUAUUAUGUAAAAUUCUUUUAUUUUGUUCUUUUCUGUUCUAGUUUUCUUUGAAUUUUUUUUUCUAAUCCAUUAUAUUCAGUUUUCUUUAUUUAAUUUAUUCUGUUCUAUUCCACUCUGUUCUAUUUGUCCUGUAAUAUUUUAUUCUAUACUUUAUAAGUCUGUUCUUUUAGAUUCUAAUCUUUUAGAUUUAUUCUAUUUGAUUCUUUUCUACAUUAUUCUACACAGAAAAAAUCUAUUGUGUUCUAUUCCUUUAACUCUAUUCUAGUCUGUGACAGUUUAUUUUGAUUCUAUUUUUCUGUUUUCUAUCUUAUUCUGUUCCUUCUAUUCCAUUCUAUUCUAUUCUAUCUUUUUUAUUAACCCGUUUUUUUCUUUUCUUUUUUCUAAUCAUCCUUUUCAGAUUGAUUUUCUAAUUAUUGUAUAUCUGUGCUGUUUAGCUUGUUCUAUUCUGUUCUACUCUAUUAUAUUCUUUCUAAUGCUAUUCUAUUUUAUUCUACUAUAUUUAUACUCACAUAGACGUCUGAGGUUGAAUUUCUUUGCUUUAAAUUGUUAUUAAAGUUCCAUUUAAAUCUGUUCCAGUUGAAAGAAUCGGUUAAUUAAAGUCAGUUAAUCACAUGUUUCUGAGUUUAUCGGCUCUAAAGUUGUUUUAAAACUCUAAAAUAUGAUUAUUUUCUAAACUUUAAACAUUUGUGUGAUCAUGAUAGUCCAGUCAGAUACAGUUAAAUAAAUGGGAUUAUUAACCAGCACAGCCAUCUCCAUAUCUUUGUAAUAUCUCCGUAUCUUCCCAUCCGCUCACUCAGUAAAGUCCCCCUCUCUCUGUUUAUUUCUCUGCAGAAGUGGAAGCCGAGCCAGUGAGACAGCCAGGAGAGCGCCCGUCGAAGCGUCGAUGUUUCUGGGAGUACAGACGCGCACGAGAGUCGGCCACGAAGAAGAAACUGGGCGGAGACGUCCACUGGUCCUUGUCCUGGAGCUCCAGCACUCUGCCCAGCACACUGUACCGCAGAGAGGGUGAGAACAGCAGCACAGGUCCCACCGAUCCAUCCUCUGAGAUUCAGUCAGAAAAUCAGGAUUUUCCCUCCUGCUCUCUGAAAAAUAACUGAUGGAUUAAAUUCUGAUUUCAGAGAGGUGUGAGUGAAGGUGUAGAGAGUUUGGAGUUGACUGAAACGCCUCUCACGCUGCAGCUGAAGUGUCCCAUUUCUUUAUUCUCUUGUGAGCGAGAGCCCUACAUACAAGUUUAACGUCAAAAUCGGAAACUUUCAUUAUUCUCUCGAUGAGUUUGUCUUCAUGUGUCUGUAGCUCAGCAGCAGCAGCAGCAGCGUGACAGUCUUUUCAUGUUGUAACACAUGUCAACGCCACACAGCUGCGUCCUCUAAAGUGAACAUUUUUCAUCCUGGUACGACGAGAGGAGCAGCUCACAUUUCCAUGACAGAUUACAGUCAGGAUGUCGUUGUUGUAGCAGCGCGAUUUCAUCAAACUCAAAAAAAAAAAAAACAGAUGUCUCUUUCAUCUGUUUUUUAAACAUUUCCCGCUGACUGUUCAUGGUUUACAUUUGGAGAGAUUUCAGAGGGGAAUUUACGACUUCAAAUGACUCAUAUUAUAUAUAUAUAUACCUGUUUUUCUCCUCGAUCCACAAUGGAAGCGUGUUGCAUUCACCAAAUAAAAAAAAGGUGAUCGAGUGAUUUUUUCUUUUCUUGUCUAUUUUUCAAAAUGUUUAAUUUUUUUUUCUGUUUUUGGAUUUUAUUUUUCUUUUUUGUUUUUUAAUUUUUUAAUUUUGUUUUUUGGGGAAAAAAAAAUCUUUUCUGUCAUUCGGAUUUUUUUUUUCCGUUAUUGUUUUUCGAACUUUUUGUUCCUUUCUGUUUUUCAGAAUAUAUAUAUUUAAUUUUUCCUGUUUUUUCAGAUUUUUUUUCUUUUCUGUUUAUCGAACUUUUUUUUUUUUCCUUUUUUCUGAAUAUUUUUUUUUUCAGUUUUUGUUUUUCAAUCUUUUUUUCUAUUCGGUUUUUGGGACUUUCUUUUCUUUUCUUUAUUUUGGAAUAUAUAUUUUUUUGCCUUUCUGUUUUUCAGAAUAUUUUUUUUUUUCUGUUUUUCAGAAUUUUUAUUUUUAUUUUCUGUUUUUCAGACGAAUUGUUUUUCCUAUACUCUGGGAUUAUGAUCAUUUAAAAACAGACACCUUUAUCCCCCCCUGCUCGAUGUAUUUAAGCAAACAUGACCCACUUGUUUGCUUCCAAUACUUGCGCAGACACCUCAGGAUUUUCAUACCCUAUGUUUAACUAAUAACAUGUUUUACUCUCAUUGACCCCGUAGUCGAAGUUAUGGAGGAGCUGGAGAAUCUGCUGAUUUGGAGCAGGAGCGGUGGUUAACGUGAUCUGAUUGUAUGAGAUUCUCGCAGGAUUUUGGAGUAUCUCGUUUAGUCAGGAAAAAAAAAUACUCUGAAAAACAGAAAGACAAAAAAAAAAAUAGUACCAAGAAACAGAAAGAAGAAAAUUAGUCUGAAAAAACAGCAAAGAAAAAAAAAACAGUUUCCUUUUUUUUUAGUGAAUGCAACACGCCUCUGUGAUCCUCAGCUCUAUUAGACGCUCAAAAUCCAAAUAUUAUAUGAUAAGAAAAAAGGAUUUCAAAGAGAAAUACACGAUUUUGUUUUGUCAUUUGUUCCAGGCAAAAAAGGGCGCCGCAAAGCCCGCAAGACAGACGCCAGCGACCUGACACCAAACCCACAGAAGCUCCACAACAUCGGGGAGCAGCUGCAGAAGCUAAACGCCGCCAUCGACGGCAUGGGUCCAGUCAACGACCUGCCCGUCGUGGCUCGAGCGCGGUCCCGUAAGGAGAAGAACAAGCUAGCCUCAAGGUACGCGACUCAUCUGUGAGCCCUCCCACGUCUCCUUCACGGCGUUUGAGCCUCUGAGACUCGCAGUAUUGAUUUGAGAGGCAUGAGUGGGCAUUUAGAGAGUUUUUUUCACGCUGUUUUUAAGUCAUUUGCAGAGAAAAUCAGAGGAGAAUCCUGCAGGGCUCUGUGGUUUGGUAUCAGCUGUCUUUAGCCUUGAUAAGAUCCGUCUCCAAGAAUGUGCCGCCUUUCAAAGCUGACCUUUUAACUGUGUUUCUAGAGGUCACACAGAGGCUGGAAUACAUUGAGAAAAAUAUCUCAUCUAGUAUUUGAAGCACGGCGGGUGUGUGGAGGGGGGGAAAUGGUCUGAAUUCCAACGUCUCUCAGUUUUCUGUAGUGUCAGAAAGCAUUUUCCUUCCACUCUCCUCGCUGAAACACAGCGUACCGCGCUGAAGAUGACCUUUAAAAUCUCAGCCUCUGAGGAACCUGCCGUCAUACGCCUCUAUCUAAUUUAAAUGCACAUUCAGAUCUGUCUAAAAGAUAUCCCCGAGGAUGAAACACACAACACACGGCCUUGAAAAUGUAGGGCAGGGGUGUAUUUUUGGGCUGAUUGCUCCUUUUUUUAACGAGCCGACUGUAAAGACGAGGACGGUGGAGUAAAUAAAGGAAACAACAAAGCAGAGGAGAUGGAUGCAGCAGGACGAACGGAUGAAUGGAAGGAAAUCAGGGCAGGACUGAGGUGGCAGACAAGAGGAGUUAGACGAGGAAGGUCACGGAGAGUUCAUCGGUUUUAUUCGGACCAUCAUUUCAGAGGGCGACUCUGGGAAUAUCGUCUUAUUCCAAACAUAUUAAAGACGACACAAACAUCAGAAAAGAGAAGAAAACAGCAGGAUACAGAGAAGGAUGGCGAGUCAUUGUGUCCUUUCCUGGCGCUGUAACGUGACCGAGUUCAUGGUUAACUUUAAUAUGCAGGAAUUUCAUCCGCAGAGUCGCGUCUUUUUGUUCUGAGAGGUCAGAGUCGGCUGAGGGAUUAUCAAACCGCCUCCAGUCGCUCUCAUUCCUUCCUCAAACAACUCAGAAUCAAUCGUCCCGGAGCGACGAAGAGGAAAAAUAACACCCCCGAUCCCUAAAUGAGAGCGAAGGAGGAAGUCCUGAACGAUAACAGCGUCGAGUAACAGUCAGGGUCACUAUCUGAGGGGACUGAAGUCUCACCAGCAGCUCCGUUAGGAAAUCAUAUCACUUUAUUUAUACAGCACCUUUAAAGGGGACCUGCCAUAAAAAUGUAAUUUUGUGUGUUUUUUUGUGUCAUAUAAGGUCCAUAUUAUGUUCGUCUUAUGUUGUACAUGUGAAAACAAACCGUUACGUCGUUUGCAUUCUGUAAAGGUUUAAAAUAAAGGAACGAGUAAACCAGGCCAAUAGAAAAAGCAGGUCAGUGUUACGUUGUGCCGACGUUGCUCAUUAUAAUUCACGAGCGCGUCCUCGGUGAGCCGCGCCCACUCUCUCGUUCUCGUACUCAGUCACAGCCAGAGCGAGACCCAGCUACCGCUGUAUCCGCUAUGGGUCUCUUCCAAACGAUCGGUGUUUCCUUCGGUUCACUGCCGGGAAAAUGAACUUAAAGCCGGACAGAAUGAAUGAGAAAACACCGCUGGAGAUCUCCGGCUUCUUCCUCAACUUCCACCUCCUCUUCGGACUCGGGGUCUAAAAUAUAUGGUUUAAUACCUGCCGUUUUUAGCCUUUAGCAUAAGGUGACCAGACGUCCCCGAUUUCCGGGGACAGUCCCCGUAUUGGAUGACCUGUCCCCGGCAAAAGCUGUCCCCAAAAAUGUCCCCGAUUUAAGCGUUUCAUGAAUGAGAGCAAAAAUGUUGCGUGUGGGCUCGAACAACGGUUAUUACAGUAGCCGAAUUUAGUUAGCAGUCCUGAACAACAGUUCUUACGGGGGUUAUUACAAGGGGCAUGCGCUGCUACUAAAUAGUACCGAGACUUUGUCUGUGAUCACACAGCCCCUGCAGCCCCUGCACCGCCGCCGCCCCACCGAAUAUCCCCGGAUAUCAUUACAGACAUCUGGGCACCUUACUUUAGCACACAUUAGCAUAUGCUAUUAGCAUUAGCAUAAUAACAGUGGAUGAACCGAAAUCCGAACCUCCACUGCUGAGCCAAUCAGAGCACAGCAGGCUUCACAGCAGCGAUCCAAUCAGAGCAAAGCUCAUUACCAUAAAUGUUAAUGAGCCAAAACCAGUUGGUUUUCCUGUAAGGUUUUUUAGGCAGACUAAAACAAACCAUCAAAUAACUUUUCAGCUAAAAUUAUGUUGCAAACAUGAUCAGAGGACAUCAAGGAUUAUGAAAAAAUGAUAAAAAUGGGGAUGAAAUUUUGGUGGCAGGUCCCCUUUAAAAACAGAUGAAACAAACUCACUUUAAAACAACCUCAGCUGAACAUAAACAGACAAAACAACGACAUAAAAAACAAUCAAAAAACAAUUAAAACAAUGGAUAAAAUAAAAGCAGAUAUUAAAAAGUAAAAUAUAGUUUAAGUGUUUUUAAAAACUGAUUUAAAAACAUGAUAAAAAUAACUAAAAACAAAUAUAAAACACUGAAACAGGAGCCGAGUCUCAUGAAUAAAACUGGGUUUUAAGACGAGUUUUUAAAAUGGACAGUGUGUGGGGGCUUGUCUGAUUUUGGGGCUGCAACAGAAAAAGAUCUCUCCCCUCUGAGCUUCAGUUUGGACCUCGGUACCUCCAGGAGCAGCUGAUCAGCUGACCUGAGGCUCUGAGCGAGCGGGGGUGUAGGGGUGGAGAAGCUCAGAGAGGGAAGAUGGAGUCAGACCGUUUAAAGAUUUAAAAACAAAUAAAAGAAUCUUAAAAUGAAGAAUCUAAAAUGAACAGGUGACCAGUGGAGGGAGGUCAGGAUGGGAGUAACCUGCUCCCUCUGACGUACUCCAGUUAAGAGCCGGGCGGAGAGGGAGGACUGUCUGACUCCAAAGUAGAGUACAGUAAUCCAGCCGAGACAAACAGAGGCACAGAUUAACAAGAACUCAGACUAUAGAUCGUAACUGAUAAUUGAAAAAUGACGAUUGACAACAUCACAACAUCUCCAAGUGGCCUGGAGGUUCGAGACAUGAUGGAGAGGAAAAUCAGUUUUAAUGAUUUUAAUUUUUUAACAUCGUUAUAAUCAAAUAAUCCGAUUUUAAGUCGAUGAAUGGUGCAGCCCUAGAUGUUUGAUUUUCCAAAAGUCCUCCUGUUCUGAACCCCGAGUGUUUGACUCCUUUAACCUGCUGCAGUGACAGUAAUGGAUCUGUCAGUCAUCGAGCUCCCAGCUGACUCUUUAAAUAGCUGCUUUAAUAACGUCUCAGGGCAUCUUUACCCACAUCACAGUGACACUGCUGCGCUCAGUCCCUCCCUGAGGACCUGCUCAUCUCUAAGCCUGCGCCUCGUUUCCUGACACACCGUCACUCGUCUUAAACAAAACAACAACAACGGCGAUUUUCCCCCGAACCUCUCCGUGCACCAGGAGCUUUUAAUUUGGCGAAUGCGCUCCUCCUUUUCUGGAAGCUGCUGGUUUCUUCUCCUUGGACACGACAAUUAAAUCAAUCUGCAGCUGCAGGUGAUCCAUCACCGUGAACAGCACGUCGGCUUCGGGGCUAUUUUUAGUUCUGCGUCGAGAGCGGGGUCUUUUUCUCAAACUCCACAUCGAUUUUAGGGCUCGAGAGAAAGAAGGGGAAGAAAAAAAAUUCCACAGCUUUAUUGUUUUGUGGUUGUCUACAUCCUUCCCAAAGCAGCAGGGAUUGUGGUCUAAAUAUGGGAGAUAAAAAAAGAGGCUGAGGGGGAACUUUUCAGCACGCAGGGAGACGCAGGAGACUAUUCUGUCAAACACUACAGGCCUGCGAGGGUUUUAUUUCCUCAAGUUUCAUUUAGCAGACUCACAGCCACCGGAAAAUAGAUAUUCUCUGCAGGCUGAGGAGAAAAGUACCCUUGAGAUGCAUUGAUAGAUUCAUUCCCUGCAGUCGUUUUCCAAACCCUAAACACUCCGAUACCAGAGGAGCCGUUUUUUUCUUCAGAGUCAAAGUGUGACGGAGGGGGAGGUUUGCAGGAAGACAUUUUCCACUCAUGACUCUCCAGCAGCUCUUGGUGUGAACCUGCAGACACUGUAACAAGAACACGCAGAGAGAGAGAGCCGUCGUCCUCUUCCAGACGACUGACCGAGCUUCUUCUUCUUUUUUCUUCUUUUCUCUGUUUCAGAGCCUGCAGGCUGAAGAAGAAGGCGCAGCACGAAGCCAACAAGAUCAAGCUGUGGGGGCUGAACCAGGAGUACGGUCAGUGCUGCACACUUCUCACUCCUCCUCUGAGGGUCUGGACCUUCAUAUAAAUCUGUCUAGAGGAUCAUAUUUGGACUGGACUUACUCAGAGACGCAUCUGCUCGAUUUGAAGCUCCUGUUAGAAGUUUUUAGCAGGUUAUUAAACAGAUUCAGAUAAAUGUAGACGCCUCUGUAUGAGGAGGAGGACGAAGACCAGCCGCUCUGAGGUUAAACUGGAGCUCAGUGUUGGGAUUUAACACUGACAUCCUUAAAUAUAGUUUACAGUUUCUCAGGAAUUAUACUGUGUAUCUCUACGGGAUAAAAAGUGUUUAAAAGUUUACCCCUUUAGACGAUCUAUCGAGGGUUUCCAGACAUUUCUACACCUGCCACAAGGUUUAAAAUCCAGCCACAGAAACAGGUGUUUGAUCAGAGGGAUCAUAUGAAGGUCGUCCCUGAAAAAGUCGUUGUCUGGAUGGACGCAGAUGUUGCUCCUAAACCUGGAGAUAUUGUUUAAAAAUGAGUAUGCAGAAUCUAUGAUUUCCAGUUCUUCGUUGAAAGGACAACUUAAGUCUAGUUGUCCUUUCCAAAAGAGUGUCAGGACAUCCCACGUGACACCAUUAAUAUAGUUUACAGUUUCUCAGGAAUUAUACCGUGUAUCUCUACGGGAUGAAAGGUGUUUAAAAGUUUACCCUUUUGGCGAUCUAUCGAGGGUUUCCAGAUGUUUCUACACCUUCCACAAGGUUUACAAUCCAGACACAAAAACAGGAGUUUGAUCAGAGACGUUUGAUGGUAAAUCUGCAGUGAAAACAGGAUUAUUGGUCAGAUUGUUGUGAUUAAAAAAAUCACUAUUACUAAAUGCUGCCAAUGUCUUCCGGGUUUGACGAGCUGUUUUGAUGAAAUCUCAUAUUCUUCUUCUAUCGUUCCUUGACGGUAGUGUCCAAUAAGAGAGGAGAAAGUUCCCUGCUUGUCUGUAAAAUCAGAAAUAAUGUUCCUCAAUGUUCGGAAACAAGAGAAGAGGAGAUUCUGAGCAUUCUGAUGUGGUCCUCUGUCUCAUCCCAGGAGUGGCAGAAACAACAACUGUAAAGAGUCAAAAACUCCUGGAAGAAUGAGUGUAAAUAUGUCAAUAGUUUCUGUUGUGUGUUUGUUCCAAUCCCAAUAUUUCUGCUCCUGAUAGACGAGACUUGAGAGACUAUAAUGAUCUUAUUUGGCUUCUCUGACUGGUGUUCUCACGACAAAAUGAGUCAAAAAUAGAGAUUGGAGACUUUUACUGUUGGAGAUGGAGCCUCAGCUAGCGGCCAAAUUAGCUCGCGUGAUUACGGAGGAACAGGAUUAUCAUAGUUCUGAAAUGUUCAUUAAUUUAGUUGUUGAUUUUAUUUUCUGAACUUUGAUGAGAUCUGAAGUUUGGAUUUGACGUCCGGAAACAUUCAUUCUCUCCUCUUUAUGAGUUUAUUACCUUAUUGUAGUAAAAUUUUAAGCUUAAAAUGGUUUUAACUGUUAGCCUUGUUCUUCUCAGUCGGUGAAAAUGUUUUUGAGAUCCCUGUUUUUGUGAUUUUGUUAUUUUUCAUCAGCGACAUUAGAAAUGGUGGAGAAGAGCCGCUCUGCUGUUAUUGGAGGUUAUUUUGGUUGUAAAAUAACUUUAAAAGUGUAAAAUAAACAUAAAAGAGGAACAGGGUUGGUAUUCACGGUGUAUCAUUCGCUCAUUUAUAGAUUAUCCUUCAGUCUUGUCUGUUUGGACUGAGUUAUCCAAAAUUAACAUUGUGCUAAACUUGCUAAAGUCAUGAUGUCUCCUGUGAAAAUCAAGGCUGUUAAACUCAGACAGUGAGAGGAUGUUUCUGAAAGAGCUUCAGUUGGACUUGUUUUAUCUCCGUCUUUAAAUAAGAAGAAAAAUCUCAGUCGGAUAAAAACAAACAGCCUCACAUUUGCUUUUCUUUGACACCAAUAUUUAGUUACAGAAAAUCCCGUCUUCAUUUGCUGUUUCAGCUUCCAAGCGAGAGAAACCACUUUGGUUGGAUUUAUUUUACACUCAGGCUAAUUUCCACUGCGGUCCCACAAACAUGAUGUUAAAUUUUAGAACUGGGAAGUAAAAUAAAUCCUAAAUAAAUGUACAGAAGAAACUGCUCCGCCAGAGAAGUUUCAUGGGGAUGAUAAUCGGAUCAGAGGGAAACCUCUGGGCAGUGACUUCACCUCAUUCCUGACGAUCAACACCUUUUCUCUCCCAAAUCUGUCCUCCUCCUCCUCCUCCUCCUCCUCGGCUUUGCUUCGCUUUGAUUCGACCUCCAGCCAGCGUCCAACUUCCUUUUGUCCUUUUUUUUCUCCUCCCGUUUCUUUUGACAUUCCUCUCAUUCCUGAUCUCAUCUCGGCGUUUCGUUGCGACGGCUUAAGUUGUGGUUCCUGCAGAUUUUUGCUCGCACUGACGGGAAGCCAAAACACACAGAGCUAACACCCCCCCCAAUCUUUGACUCUUUCUUCCUUCUUUUUUUUUAUCCGUCUCUCUCAUUCAUUUGCUCUCUUUUACUCUCUCUAUUGUCCGUCUCUGUAAUUUGCAUCCUAACAAAUAAUGUUUGAAAUUCAGAGCAGCAGAUUCGGCAGAGAACUUCAAACACGUACAUGUUGACGCUGAGAGUUUACUACAAAAAUGAUUGUUUCUGAUACUGAAUAAUAUUUAUUAUUUAUAAUUAUCUUUUUUUCUUUUUAAAGACUGUCCCCAUCUGCUUUUUUUCCCGGGUCUGCUGGGUCUUAAAAAGUCUUAAAACUUCUAAAAUCCAAUAAUUUGAAUUUAAGGUCUUAAAAUGUCUAAAGUUCACUUAAAAACUCAUAGAAUAUCUUAAAUACAAAUUUGAAAGAUCUUAAAAUUAUAUUAACUUACAAAUAAAAAUUGAUUUGAAGUUACUCAAAAUGUUCUGAUUUCUCUUCAUGUCUUUUGUACUUUUUUUGCCAUUAUGGAUGUAAAAUGGAUCUUAAAUUGUAUUUAUUAUGGUCGUAAAAAAGUCUUAAAAAUGAUUUGUUGAAACCUGCAGAGACACUGUUUAAAAGUCGUAAAAUUUCUUUAUUCCAAUAAUUCAAAUUUAAGGCCUUUAAAUGUCUAAAACUCUCUUAAAAUCUCAAAAAAUGUCUUCAAUACGAUUUGAAAGCUCCUUAAAAGUUAUUAACUUAACUUACAAAUAAAUAUUGUACCACACAAAUAAAGAUUGAUUUAAAGUAAUGUCAAAUGUUCUGCCAGUAUGGAUAUUAAAUUGGUCUUAAAUUGUAUUCAUUACGGUCUUAAAUAAAGUCUUGAAAAGUCUCAAAUGUCUAAAAUUCUCUUAAAACCUCAUAAAAUGUCUUAAGUACAAAGUUGAAAGGUCUUAAAAAUGUAUUUAUAUUACUUACAGAUAAAGAUUGAUUUAAUGUUCUGAUUUCAAUUCAUGUCUUUUGUACUUUUUUUAGCUGAUAUGGAUGUUAAAUGGUCUUAUAAAUUGUAUUUAUUAAAGUCUUAAAAGUCUUAAAAUCGACUCGUUAAAACCUGCAGUAAUCCUGUUUUAGCCACUGAUUUUUUUACAGUAAAACUGCUGAUCCAAAUCCUGACCGGCACAACUUUUAUUUUACAUUAAAAUUAUUAUAUUGAUUAAUUUUGAAGCAAAACCAUUUAAUAACCUCUUUUAAAAAAAAUCAACAAUAAGAAUUUUUUUUUUUUUGUCGAAUCAACAAACUCAUUCAAGAAUAAAAAAUCUGACUCUUUUUCAGGUUCAUGUAUCCGGCGUUAAACCUCUGUGUAACUCACUGUUGACUCUCAUUUACUCGUUAACACGUUAGCUCCUCAGCUCGACCUCUGUGCCUCUUUCAAGGUCGACCUGAACUCUUCUUCUGCCAUUUUUGGGUUUGAAACAUCACUGAAGCUGUGUCCAUAUCACAGUCACAUGAUCUGAAAACACGCUCCGUUCUUGAGUCUUCUUAAGUCUUUGCUGAGAGGCGUUUAUCGCUAACUGCUGGGGAGGAUUAAGAAAGUUUGUCGUUGUUCCCAGAGGCCUCGUAGCUCCAUCUGAUGAUAAACCGCGGGGUUGUUUUCGUCUUUCAGAGAAUUUGUUGGGAGCUCUGCUGCGGAUCAAGGAGGUGAUCCGACGGCGGGUGGAGAACAGCGAGGAAGAGGACACAGAUGAGCGAGGGAUGACCCAACGCCUGGAAGACAUCCUUCGAGAGUCCAGCGGUGAGAACAAAACACAAAAAACACAGAAAACGUUCUGAUAAUAAGACCGAACCCUUGGAUAACUUCAGUGAAAGUUGCUUCGAUUGGUCAGAGAGUGUCAAAGAACAGCUGAGCAUGAAGUUUAACAGGACAGUGUGGCUGUGCUCGCCAGCGUCUGUGUUUGUUUACAUCAGGAUAGUAGAGAAUUGUUGCAAUAACUGGAGCUGCUAGCGCGCUAGCUGUAGUAACUUUUCGAGAGAUGAGUCAGCGCUCUUAAAAACCGACGUUCACAGAGUUAUUUUCAUGUGAACAUUUGAGCUCGUGUCUCUUUGGGUUUAUCAUCAAACAUUUUUAAAACUGUCCUCUUAAACUAACGAUCUACCGAGAGAGCUUCUACUUCAAAAUAAAAGCAUGAUUUUACAUUUCAGGGAACAAUAUAGGAGAGGAGGGAGGUGGGAUCCCCGUGACUCGGCUUUGACCACAAACACCAUAAAUAUUUUAUCUUUACUCUGAUGUGUGACGGCCUCAAUGAGCGUGUUCCUGUGACUUCUAACUGUCUGCUCAGUUCCUUUUAAUCCUGCAUCCGUUCACCGUUCACCUCUGUUUGUGACGACACAGUUGAUAUAAGUCCUUAAAGUCAUGGUUGACGAUUGGAGAUAUCAGUAAUUAUUAUGAACCUCGUUUCUAUGGCGAUCAUGGUCCUAAAGUGCGAUCUCCACAAAGUGAAGAGAAAGAAGAACGGAAAAAAUCUGUUCACCCUAUCAGGUGCAGGGCUGCAAAAACAUUGACCAAUAGGAGCCAUCCGCCCCGGACAGCUCCUAUUGGUCAAUUUCCUGCUCCGCCUCUCCAUCCAAUCACCUCGCUGUAUUCGACACACCCCUCUCCCGUAGUUCCGACUCGUCCUCGGAGCUCUGAGCGGCUAAAAGUAUCGUAGCAGCUUAGCUACAGGAGCUGUGAUGGAGAAGGACACGAAAAAAAAAAAAGAAACUUCUACUCGAAGAAAACGCAAGCCGACAGAAGAGAGGGCGGAGUCAAAGAGGACAUGUGAUCAAGCGAGGAACGUGAAUAACCAUCGGGUCAUCCUUGGAGCGGUGGAGAAAACAGACGCAGAGACAGCAGAGUUUUAGUUGAACAGGUCAUUUUAUCUCCUUUUAUCGUGGCUCAUGUUACAUAAAUAACUCUGAUUAGUCUCUGACAUGUCAACACGGUAGCUGCAGACGGCGCUCGCUAGCAGAGCUGGCGUUUACUGACGCUAGUCACUAACAAUCCGACAUGGUGGAUCCUAUUUGAAGCUAGAGUAGGUGAUACAGGUUUGGGAGGGGGGGAAAUAUUGUGGAGCACAGAGGGGAGAGGUUAGUGUGUUUGGGGGGGUGGGACGCUUUUUUCACAUCUGCCUCGACGGCUCAGUUUUUUUUAACUGUUUCUCAGAUCGUCGACCAUGACUUUAAACGGGGUCGAGUCGAGGUCUUUAAAAUCCCAAAUAAAUGUUUGUUUAUCUGAAUUUCUGGUGAUCUCGGUUCGUUUUCACGGCUCUGCAGGUCCUCUAGUCGCUGGACGGACCAAAGACUUUGUGCAGAGGAUUCUGGCAGCCAGCGCAGGGGGUCAGAACCAGCACAAAGAUCCCCAGCAGGGAGGCGACGAGAUGGCGGGCUAAACCAACCAGAAUCUCCCCGUUGCUCCUCCUCCUCCUCCUUCUCCUCCUCCUCCUCUUUCUUUGUCAUCCACGCCUUCCCUCCUCUCUGCACCACCAACAAACCAACCGACUAACUAACCAAACCUGACCUGAGCGAGCUCCUCUCCGCCGCCUCCACUCACACUGAUCAGGGAGGUAAAGAGGAGGAGAUGUUGGGAUAGAAGAAGAAGAGGAGAAGAAGGAAGGAGGAGGAGGAGCCUAAAGAAAAUGGGAGCGAAUAACCACCCUGCUCCUCCUGCUGGCCCUCCAAACAGCAGCCGUUCUUCACCGCUCUGUCUCUGCAGGCUGCACCCAAAACCACCAACACCACCGGGCCAGAGCUGCUGCUGCUGCUGCUGCUGCUGCUGCUGCUGACGUCUCUGUAUUCUGUGUUCUGUCUGUGUGUGUGUGUGUGUGUGUGUGUGUGUGUGUGCGUGCGCGUGUUCGGACAUGUAACAUACUGUAUGAGCGUGUACAGUGUCCCUCUCCCUCUGUGUGCUGUAUUCGUAUCCCAGUGUGCCUAUGAAUAGACAUUGCACUGUUUUGUAGAUGGUUGUAGUUGCCGGCAGGGGACCGGUAGUGAGGCGAGGGCGAGGGGGCAUUUGAGGAUAGAGGAAGUGCUAAAAUAAGGAAGUGGGAGGAGCCCAGGCCGGGGUUGGGGGGGGGGGGAGACAAAGACGCCAUUAUGUGUCUGUGUUGUUAUUUUCAUAUGUCUGGCUGGGCUCCUAUAGAAGCGCUGCAUACCACUGGGAUUGCAUCUGCAUCUGAAAUGUCAGUCAGUGUUGUGAUAUUCAACAAUUGAUGGAGUCCUGAUGCCAGAGCAGCUGUUGACGGAAACAACAGCCUGUUUGUUGUGGAAAAAGUCCCUGGAGCUUUAAUAAACCCCCCCUCCCACCCCAAGUCCUCCGUCCCCGAACUCUUCAGCACCCCCCCCCACCCUCCAAACGUUCACAAAACGAAAGAGAAAACUGCACCUUAAUCCAAACUGACCAAAGAGAAACCACACUGCUGAACCACUCGGACACCAAAACCUCUCACCGCUUCAGAUGCUGCCAACCAUUAACACAUCGUUUCCUUUUUGAGGGAGAGUGACUGAAUAUUUGGAGAGUCCUCGUGUUUACCCGCAUGCAUCCACACAGGAUGAAUUAAACAGACUUGCCCUCGCAUAAAUGCACUAUUAUCAUCCACCUGAGAGGCCUGAGAGUGGUGUGACAGAACAGAGAUGACUGACUGAGUCGGUCUGGUGCUCCUUUCAGCUUUUUCUGCAGUGGCUUUAUUUCCACACACACACACAUAGACACACACACACACACACACAAAGGGAAGAGUCCUCAAUGCCUUGCCGGAGCCCUCUCCUCAGCCCCCUGACCUGAUUAUGUAGCGCACCUUCCUGAAUUGCAAUGACAAAAACAACAAAAAAAAAAACAUUUUUAGAUCUAGGAGCAAAUACCUUUUUCUGUUUGUUUUGACUGAUUUUGUUUUUCGUCGAUGCCAGAGCUCACCCAGUGGGCGUCUUCUUGAGUCUUGAGAGAAAUCUGCCUCUCUUUCUUCUUGUGGUCUUGGCUGAAGCUGUAGACCAACCUGUCCACGGUCUUUAAAUGUUGGACAUUAAAAAAAAAAAAGUCAAGGACCCUUUGAAUUGCACUGUGGUUAAAAAAAAAAAAAGAUUUAAAAAAGAAAAAAAAAGAAACUUCGCACCUUCGAUGAGGGCUUCAGAUCCUCCAAAAGAGAGAAAAGAGACUCUUGGCACUUUUGGUGUAGAGACAGAUACUGAUUGAGAGACUUUUGGUGACCGCCUGCUGGUCCGAGUUCGUCUCAGUUUGGUGCUAAAGCAACUCAAACCUAAGAGAGGCAUCAGGCAGUAAGUGCUGACUGGGUUUUGGCCUGAGAGUGAGCAGACUGUUGUAAUAGGCAGUUUGUUUGCAUAAUGACGCCUUUCUGAAGUGCCUGGAGCUUAAAGCCACAGGGACCUGUGCUAUUAUGAUCUUGAACCCUAUUACAAGGUAAAAACCAUGACUACUGCUCCCAGCUGGGCCUCACUUGACUUCACCUAAAGGAAGACAGAACUGCAGGCCUGUCUGCGAGUCUGUGAGUCCCUGUCACAAUCUCAGCCAAAAAGAAGUCAACCAAAAUGUUUUGGGAUUCAGACCCACACAUGGAAACAGUAGCUGGCACCGCUUUCUGUGAACAUCAUCUCUGGGAAUUAUAUAAGUAGAGGAGCGGCUGUUAGUUAAGCAAGCCCCUCUUUUGUUUUUCAACCUUGACAAGCUCUGGUCUGGGCUGCGUUCCAAAGCUGCUGCUCGAAAACACGCCGCUCUCUUCCUAUGGAAACUCCACUACCUAUGUCAGAGAGGAGUCGAUCCGUUUACCUGAAACCUUUCAACUCUCGGAGGUUUGCUCGUGGUCAUUUUUGAAAGCUUUGGACGCAGGAGUCCAGGGUCCUGUUCUCAGUCCUGUUGAAGUUUCUGUUUCCCUCUGAUUCGGGGAAAUGGCGCCCACGGUGGCGCGAGCACAGAACUGUACUGUAAACACACGAGUCCUGUCGUUUCAUCCUGGUGCCCUGCUGCUGGCGAGCAGAGCUUUUACGCUCCGAUGCCGCGCAGAUAGUCGGUGGAUUUGUGAGAAAAGUUGCCUGGUGCUGCGGGAGCGCCACAGAAACCUGGUCCUGGUCUUCAUCUGAUGAUUUGAUAACAGAAAAAGUCAUUCGGGGCCAGUCGAAGAAAACUCACUUCUCGUUCUCGCUGCUGUGAAGAUCGUGAUGGAUUUUUCCUCGCCUCCGCCCACUUUUUGUCGAGGCUUGGGAAACCGGUGACGGCGCCAGCAGGGUCACUGGAUCUCACACUGGCAGCUGCCUCCUUCUCCUGCCCUGGAGCAGCUGAAGACAAACGCACACGUCUCCGAUAUUCAGAUUCAUGUGCAGCGAGGAUGCUCGCCAUUACUGGCCCAUAAAGACGCGAAAAUCAAAGAUUGGCAUCGUCUCUAUGGUAACAUUCCUCUCAAUUAACCAGCGUCGUCAUUAUGCCGCCAUAUUUCAGUCCCAAUCUAGAGAACCGAAUGCCGUUUAUUUUGCACUCCAGUGUGGUAGGCAGUGAUGUUAUAAAGGCUGCAUGUUAAACCUGAAACUGUGUAUAAGAAGUGGAUUUAGACACCCUGACGGCUCCUACUGGUCCGUGGACUAGACCCUCAUGGCCUCAUAUGUUCCUGCACACCUGCCAGAAAUACAUGUGACUGCCACUGAACGAGUUUUUUUAAAUAAUAAUAUCAACAAACUCGACUUUCUUUAGGAGGCAGCGAGGCAUCCCAGACACGCCCGUCGUUGUCGUUCACUUAACAAAAAAACUUAGUUUGAGGUUUUUGGUCUCGCCACCUGACGACCGUCGAAUUAGCCUCUUCUUUUACUUAAAUCACGUAGUUUGACCUCAGCACCAGCGACAAAUCAAGUUUAAUUUGCGUCUUUUAAAAAAGUGUUUUAAUGAUUAAUUUGUUCAGAUGUUUCACAGUCAAGAUUUCAAACAGAGAUGUCUGGAGUAGCUGGGGUUACGCUGCGUGGGAAUGACGUUACACCCAAGUUCACAGCGUUCCAGUUAAAGAGUCGGGAAACAAAGAUGGCCGCCUACAGUCACCCGUUGUUAGCUGUUUACAAUUGUUAGCUGUCGUUAGUUGUUAUAUAUACCAGUUGUAAAAAAUUCAUAACACAGUAUUUUACUCGUACAGACACCACAGCAGCGUGUUCACAGUUAGACGUUGGUCAGAACAACAUAAACCACUUAUUGAAUUUCACAGAAACAAAACAGAAGAGUGAAUAAAUAAAACGUUAUGAGAGAUUUACGCUUUACUGUCGAUGUGCUACGCUGCUAUCUUGUAAUGUGACGUCGUCGUCAAGUCGGGGUCGGUGAGGGUCGUCAGACUUUAGCGUUCCAGAUGAAUUUCUGACUCGGAGCUAAGAAAUUCCGACUUCCGAGUACAAGUGGAACACAGCAUUAGAAAAUGGAAAUUACCAUCAGAAACAACCUCUAGUGGACACUCGAGGAACUGCAGUUUUCUUUUAGCUCUGUCCUCACCUUCUCAGAUAGUUUCACAGUCCAAAAUUUAAACAUGGAUAUCUGACAUAGCUAGGGUUCGGAAGUGGAAAUUACCAUCAGAAACAACCUCUAGUGGACACUCAAGGAACUGCAGUUUAUUUUGGCACCAGGCUCACCUCCACAGUCCAGAUUUCAAACACUCGUAUCUGUUGUAUUUAGGGUUAGAAAAUGGAAACUAUCGUCGGAAACACCCUCAUGUGGACACUCGAGGAACUGCGUUUUUUUUGCGCUCGAGUGCCUCACCGUCUCAGAUGUGAAGCUACAUCCACUUCUUCUCGUCACAGUCGGCGGUUUAACAUGCGAGUCUUUAUUUUGCCUCUUGAAUGUGUGAAAUUCAUCUGAAAUCUGCAGCUGCUCCUUCUCAGAGAGAGUCCGCUCAACAACGUGUUGACUCGGCUGUAACAACUGAACGGCCUCUGCAAUCAGAUGGAAACAAUGUGAGCGUGUAUCAGCCAAAUGGAGAUGAACCUGGUUCAUCCCUGUGUGCGACCCCUGAGUCACGUGGGAGGAUUCGGGGGUUUGAGAAAGAUUCCACUUUGAAUGCACAAGUUUGUCCCGAUGUUUCCUUCCUUCAGCGCGGUGUUGCAUAAAAAACACACCAUCUGCUGUGAACGUUGAUCUAUAAGCCAAAAACUGAAGAGAAACUGUUGUAACACAGUGAAUUCCUGUCACCGAUCCAAAAAGCAAACAGGACAUGACACCGGAUUUAAGCAACGAGUGAGCUCGCACAAGGGCUUAAACCGACACUGUAGCAUUACGCCUCUUUAAAAAUAACAUGUUGACGUUUUUGUAUCAUGGCAUAUCCCUUUAACUGUAAAGCUUUAACGGGGAGGCAGCCACUUUUGGCAGCGCCGCUCGUCUCUCUGCUCACAUUCCUAACUCAGUUUCCCAGAAAGUCUCUUGUUUAUGUGUACCUGGAAGAGGAGUGGGGGGCGGUUAGGAGCGAGGAACUGAAAUGACCCAAAGAUGUCUCUGCUGUGUGGUCAUCACUCUGGAGAUGACAGCCUCAGUGGACCACGGGACGGCAGAGAUGCUCUCAGCCCACAGUUUUAGCCCGCUCUGACCUAAUAUGGACCAUGACUUUGCAUAAACCGGCCGAUUCUUAUCCCACUUACUUCCUCUUUGGGUGUCUCCGUCUGCCAGAGACCGAGAUAAGUAAACAGUCCUGAAAUUAUUCUACUGCUGACGUUCACACUGGCUCUCUCUGAGGAAGAGAAAGUCCGCGGCCAGGAGGGUUUUUUGUUUUCUGGCCUUAAAGUGAAAGUUGGAUGCACUUUAGCUGUUGGGGAAACAGUGACAGCUUGAAACUCUUAAGAGCACUUAACAGUGAAAUAUGUACAGCAGAAGAAACUCUACGCCACAAGUUUCUUCAAUAUUUCAAGCUGGGCUGCAAAUGGAGAACUUAUUUCCACUGAAUUAGACCCAAUCAGGCUCUCCUCGUCCCUCUAUAUUUGGCUUCAGUGAUGAACGAUUGAAUUCCCUCAGAGUCCAACAAACAGGACUGCCACUGUCAUAAAUAUCCAAUUACAGAAUUGACUCACAAAUCUGUGUUAGUGACGGUAUUUAGCAGUCAGGGACGAGAUCAACAUUCCCAGAAAACAGACGUGUUUGUGUUCUGGAGAAUAGUUGCAUGAUUAGGUUUAAGAGGUUAACGCAGCGACAGCGAAUGUUGGUUAGACUGACUUACAUAAAGGCUGGAAACAGGAGAGGGAGGGUUAAUUUAGACUAUGAGAUUAUUAGAAAUUCAGACCUUAAAAUUGUAAAAAAAAAUGUUGUUCUCAAGAACAUCUGCAGACUGUUGCUAAAUACGAUUUUUACAAACUAGUCUGUUAGCACGGUUUGGAUAUGAAAGAGGAUUAGGGCCACAAGAAGAGAUAAAAAUAAUCACAGGAGGGACUUUUUUUAAAUUUCUAUUUUAAGGUCAAAGUCAAAAAUUUAAAAAGUCAAAAUCACGACUUCAUUCAUGUCGGCUUUAAUCUGAAAACUGAAGCUUUUAAUCUUCAAAUUUUGACAUUAUUCAACAUUUUGACAUUUUUUAAUCUUGAAAUUUCCACUUUAUUUACAUUUUGUUACAUCAAAAUUUUAACUCUAUCGACAUAAUUUCAGUUUUUUGAUCUGGAGAUUUCACCAUUAUUCACAACAUUUUGUAAUCUUAAAAUUUCGACUUUAUUGACAUAAUUUCGAUUUUUUAAUCUAGAAAUUUUGACCUUUAUCUCAAAAUCCUGAUUUCUUUAAUCUCCAAAUUUCAACAUUAUUUAUGACAUUUUGUACUCUCGAAUUUUCAACUUUAUUGACAUGAUUUUGAUUUUUUAAAUCUGUAGUUAUUUUUGUUCUCUUCUUGUGGCCCUUUUCCUCUUCCGUAGUUUGGGAGAUCUUUGCAGGAGAAGCUGAGAGUUCAAACUGACCUUUGUUUCGGUGAGCUCUCCAUAAACUUUUUAUCGUCUUUUUAGUUUCCAGUCUCGAUGCUAAGCUCGACUAAACAACAACCCUCCUGCAUCGCUGUGGUUAAAGUCAUCUUAACUAAAUCCUCAGAGCAUUUUUUUAUUUUAGCGUCUUUUGUGCUUUAAAAAAAUGGAUUAAACUUCUUAUCUGGAGUUUCACUCUGGCUGAAUUUGACAGUCUGAGAGUCAGCAGCAUCUGGUAAACAUCUGCGGUUAGUUAAUUAACGUUACAUUGAGAUAAACAACAAAUAUCUGAUUAAAAAGCCAAAAACUUCGUUCAGUUUCCAGCUGUCUCCUGUCAGACCAGGAUUUGCUGAUUCUCUGAUUGAAAAGUCGAUCAUAUCUUUGACUCUCGGACCCCUCAGCAUGGAUCCAAAUCAUGAUGAUAGUCUGAUGCACCUUAACUUGGCCGGAAAGUUUCGACUUUUUCAGCUGCCGGAGUCUAAAAUCGUCUCAUUAAGCAUCGAUUUAUGAGGAGGAGGAGGACUGGAGGUGCGAGAAGCUGUUAGCUUCCCCUCCCUCACCUCCUUCUUCAUGGAGACACGGCUGAGCAUCGGCCUGAAUGGACCCAGCAGUAAACCUACACUGGUGGGACUCUGCUGACCUCCCGGUGGCUGUGACCCUGAUCUGCCCCGCCGCUCACAUUAGCAGAGACACUCAGUCGUCUCCGGUUUCAAAGGCAGCGGCCUGCGGGUUACAGAAGGCCAGGGGGGACAGCACUUAGCCUCCACCAAAUUUACCCGAAACCUUUUAAUCCUCCUCCACCUCCUCUGACAGUCUGACAGCUGGAGAGGAGGAAGAUGAGGAGGAGGAGGAAGAGUGAGGUCUACGUUGAUGCUUUUCUGUCACUGAACUCGAGAUCUUCAUCUGGGGCUCUGCCAGAUGAGGACGGUUUUCUUUUUUUUGUUUGUUUUUUUUGACCAACAGGUUCACAUGAAGUUUUCGGUGUCAGUAAAGCCGAGGUGUUCGAUGUUAUCUGACGGCGAGCUCCGGUCAGCGCCGCUCAUGUGUCGUCUCUGCGGAGCUGAGCACCUGUUCGUUCUCUGCUGAUCUUCAAAACUGCCAUAAAGACAGACUUUCUGCACAACAACAAACGAGAAAGAAAGAACUCCAUCUCUCUGUUUGUGUCCCUUUUGGCGCCACCCUGUGGACAAAAAUAGUUAACAGGUUUUCUUUAACCAUAAAACGUUAAAGGGGAAUAUUUUAUGAGAAAACUGUAAAAGCAGGGCUGUCUGUCUGAAGUUUUUUUUACUGAAAGAAUGUAGAGGACGAGAUAAACUAAAACAGCUUUGUCCACAGGGGGCGCCAAAUCUGAUCCGAACUGAAAAUUCCUGAUAGAAGCUUUAAAUAAAGUUCUAUCCUGUCCAAUCAAAAGACAGCAGGCUUGAAAGAAGGGAGGGGGGCCUUAAAGAGACAGUACCUGUAAUCUUCUACCUGUUAACCAGGGAGGGGAAAUUUAAACUAGAUUAGGAGAUUAUUAGAAAUUCAGACGCUCUGGGAGGUAAAAGUUGUUGUUUUCAAGGAGAUUCACAGACUGUUGCUAAAUAAGAUUCUUGCAAACUAGUCUGAUAGCGCGGUUUGAAAGAAGAUUAGGGCCACAAGAAGAGAUAAAAAUAAUGACAGGAGGGACUUUUUUAGAGUUUCUAUUUCGAGAAUAAAGUCAAAAAUUUAAUUACGACUUUAUUCAUGUUGACUUUAAUGUUUAAUUGACAUUUUGAAACCUCAAAUUUUGACUUUUAUCUCGAAGUUUCGACUUUAAUUUCUGUAAAUGAUGCCGAGCUGGUAGAAAAUAAACCUAAAACGAGUAUACGAGGUGUGACCUCUUUGACAAAAAGGCAGUCUGUGGGUUGUCUAAGGUGCUACGUUUCCAUCUGGUGCUCUGAGUCGAUUUUAAUGUUUUAAUAAAAAGUUAAACCAGAGAACCUCUGAACAGGUUCUUAGCUCUGAACUGUAACGAUGAUCCAUGAGCGGCAGCUGAGAGAGACGCCUCCCCGCUUUAACCAAAACCAAGUCAGUCGUUUCUGUGGAUGUCAGGAAGCGGAGACUGAAGGUAGUUUGUGGAUGUGAGCGAGUGACUGAACAGGAUGUCGAGGAUGCUUCAACAGAGACAUCCUGUGGAGAGAUAAAGAGCGAGUCAUCACAUCCCUGCUGGUUCUGUGAUCUGAAAACAUGACGGCAGUAAACCCAGAGACGAGCAAACAUUCCACAAUGCCAUGUGUCAUAUACUGUACAGCAACCCUUCAACCCGUCCCCCCGUCCCCCCGUCCCCUCCGUCUGUCUCUCUGUAACCAGUAAUCACACUACUACAGUAAUACUUCGGACCUGUUAAUGCAUUAACACAUCUUUAUGUGCAACUCCUUCGUCAGUAAGUAACCUUUAAGAAAAUAGUUCAAAAAACAAAAAAAAUACAAGAAGUGCCGUACAAAUAGAAGCCUAAUAUUUUUGUUUUGGUUUUGUUCACUUUGUGAGUGUAUUGUACACCUGUAUAAUGUAUAUUUUAAUAUUUAUAUGCAGCUGUUGUAUUAAAGUAUAUUUUUAAAAUAAA